AUGACUGAGAUCGUGGAGCGGACCCUGAGCGCUCUGCCUGGGCUGCUCCUCCAGGACCCGCCGCCCGGGGCCGGCUCCAGGCUGGGGGCCCUAAUCCGCAGCAUCACUGCCCUGGGCUCCAGACAGGUGGGGGGCUCUAUAUAAUAAAUAAUAUAUAAUAUAUAUAAUGUGUAUAUAAUAAUAAUAUUGUAUUAUUACCUGUGACAUGAGCUAGGGUUACAAAAUCCAGCCAAUGGUGAUACAUUGUAAUUUUAAAUGUUUGCAAAUACAAUGUUACAACUUAUAAUAAUAAUUAUUAUCAUUGACUUUUUGUAUAGCGCCAACAGAUUCCGUAGCGCUUUACAAUAUUAUGAGAGGAGGGAUGUAACUAUAAAUAGGAUAAUUACAAGAAAACUUACAGGAAUGAUAGGUUGAAGAGGACCCUGCUCAAACGAGCUUACAGUCUAUAGGAGGUGGGGUGUAAAAUGCAUUAGGACAGGAAUUUGCAAUCAAAUAAGGUGGGAGUGAAGCAGAGCUGGAGGAGAGAGUAGAUUGCUGCCCUUUAGGAGAGAGCAAGAGAGAGGUAUGUGAGGUAGAGAAAUAAUAAUACUAUAAUGCACAGCCAGACCCUAAAAUAUAUCAAUAUUAGCACUGUUGGGGUAACUAUUAUAAUAGUACAUUAGCUCAUUAAGUACCGUCACUCUGUGCCUAUUACUUGCUGUCAUUCUGUAUGGCUGAAUGUGGUACUUUUUUUUUUUUCCUUUAAUGUCACUUUGUGUGUAUGUGGCUGCGCAUUUCUUCCUGUCACUCUCCUAAUGAAUUGAGCUGUUUAUUCUGUGCUGCCACCAUUGAGGUUUAUCCAUUUUAAACACGGAAUUGUAGCGUACCUCCCAACGUUUCAAAUGGACAAAGAUGGGCACUUUAAUUUUAGAGGUGUGAGUGUAGGUGUGGCUGUUCUGAGACAUUUAAGGUGACUUCCUAAUAACAAUUUAUGCAACUAAAAUGUAAUUCAAGAACAAUGUAUCUUAUUUGCACAGAAUGUUUUAUAAACACAUUUGUUGUAGUUUCAAAACACGUUAAAAAGGAACACUUUUGGGUUAGGAACACAAACCUGUAUUCCUGACCUUAUAGUGUUAAAAACACAAUACCCUCUUCCUCCCUAUAUACAGUAAAAUCUUACUUUUAUUUUAGUCUGCUGGUGCUUGAUCUGCCUCCUUGGCUGACAUCAGAAGUGAUAAUCUCAGCCAAUCACAAUGUUUUCCCAUUGGAUAUGCUGAGAUGAUCAAUUCUGAUGAUCUCUGCCAAGGAGACGUGCCGUGGGCAGAGCCAAAUGCCACCCUGGCCAAUCCUCAUCUCCUACUAGAGAUUCACGCAAUCAGUUCAUCUUUUUGCGGAAUGUUCAGUGCCUCCAUGCAGAGGGUGGAGACACUGAAUGUCAGCAAAAGCACUUCUAAUAGCCAUCUCAGUAGAGGCCACUGGAGGUGUCCCUAGGCUGUAAUGUAAACCCUGCCUUUCUCUGAAAAGGUUUGCUGCAAAACACCUGAAGGGACUGACUAUACUCACCAGAACAACUACAUUAAGCUGUAGUUGGUCUGGUGACUUUAAUGUCCCCUUAAAGCAGCACUGUAACCUCCUCUCUGCUACCCUCCUCUGAAAAUGUAUUUUAUACAGAAAGAAUACAGCUGUCACCAGGGAAUUGUCAUACAGCAGUGACAUUGGCUCAGAGCUGAAAAGGAGCAGACUGAGGAAGAUGGCUGUGCCCAUGUUCUUAAUAUAUCUGACUUUGUAGUUCCAUUUGUUCCAUUUUAUUUCAUGUACUAUUCAAAGGUGUAUUUAGUUAAAGCAUAAUACAUCUAUACAUACUACAUUUUAUGUUUCCAAAGUAACAAAAUGACUCUUACCUUGCAAGAGUACUUCACUCUGCUUUUUGCUUCCCACUGUAGUUUACGAAUUCUCCUUUACCUGUUUUGUAAUCAAUAUAAAUCUAGUCAUAUGAAAUAGCCAGGUCAGGACUUUACAAAUUCAGCUUUCUGUGGCAACACAAAAAUAGAUCCAAUGCCCCCAAUUUGUCUCCUUAUUAAACGAUCUCCUCUCACCUGCACAGUUGUUAGUUUAAUUAUGGCCUCUCUCAUCCCCUUUGGGUUAUUGUAGUUAAAGCUGAGAAGGGAGAGGAUAUGUGAGCUCUACAAUGGAAUCCAUGGUUUUAGUGGGAGAGUGGUAAUCUCUCCAUGAUGGAAUAGCACAGAUAUCAGCAGGAAGUGAUGUUAUAACCUCUCAUUCUCUGUGUGAACUGCUUGAAUACCGUUCUUAGAUGUUUAAAAGGAGCACGAAAGUUGUCCCUGUUACAUCAUGCAGAAUCAUCCUACACACUCAACCACUAACAGCAGAGAAGUAGCUGCCAACCUAUCACCAAUACAGUUGACCACUAGGAGGUUAGAAUGGUCAAGUAGUUGAGCUGGAAAAUGUAUCUGUAUGCAAAAGUGAGUGACAGGCUAUUUACAUACAUGUGUCUCUUCUAUGUAUAACAACCUAAUAAUGUCUAUGUGUGACUGUGUUUGAUAUUUGCAUGAUAAUGACAGGUGUGGCAUGAUAGCGUAAAAAAUUUGCCUGACUCCUUUUUUUUUUUUUUUAAAUCCUAAAUUCAGAAAAUUGUCAAGCCAGGAAAUAAGUGUCUGAUAUCAAAGUGGGUAGAUCUCUAGAUCUUUAUAAUUCAAUUACAAGAGCAAAGAACCUUCUUCAUGUUUAAAUACUGAUUUAUUAACGAAGAGUGUUUCUUUUUCAGGAGGAAGAAAAAUUAAUUCAGCAGGAGCUUGCCAAUUUGAAAAUCACAGUUUCUUCUCCAAAUACCUCUCUGGUAAGUAAAUGUCUAAUUUUAUGCUGUUUUGUUACUUUUUUUUUUUUUUUUUGUGAUUGUACAUUUAAAUGCUAUAAUGCAACCCUAAUGUAAAUUUGUUUAAGCUCCCUAGAAAAUAAUUAAGUACUGAUAUUUAAGCACAGAUAUGUAUUUUUCUGUCAUCAUCAUAAUAAACAUUAAAUUAGGUAGUGAAUAAUCUCAUAUGGGGUCAAAAAAGCAGAGUGAGCAUGAACCCCGGAGACCUAAAACUAAAAAAAGGAAAGAACCAAUGCAAAACAUUAGAGCAAUUUCAAAUGCAAUAAAGUACAUGAUCCAAAAAAUCAUAUUAUUGUUUAAAGCAAUGCAUCCCAUACCCAUCAUAGUACAUUGCAAGUUAUACAUGUCCUGACCUCACCGGUUCAGAUUGCUGUAAGGAAACCAGGGUAGCUGCUGUGCACAUGCCAAGUUGUGUCUGUAGCUCCAUUCAUAAAACCGUAACACAUCCCAUGAACUCAUCCUGAACAAGGAAUAAAUGGGUUAUGGUCAGCACUCCCAUUGAAAACCAUGUGAAGGCUACCACUGCUUGACAGAUUAAAGCACAGAAAAGGUAACAGCGCACACACACACACACCAGUGAGGUGGUUUACCUGACAAAUAAAUAGUAUCCUUUAUGUCACUUCAAUGGGUGGCUUCUGAUUCCUGCUCCAUUAUAGAAGACCACUAAGACUAAAGGAGAACCUGCCUGAUGAGUAAAGAAAAUGCGUAUGUCCCAUUGAAGUGACAUAAAAGCCAUAUAAGUUCCGAGCCUACUUUAAAUGGCUCAUUAAAGUGUGAGUGUUUCUAACUCAGAACUUCCAUUUUAAUUGUGUGGAAUAUACAGAUUACACUAUGUUUUGUUUUAUGUUUAUACCCUUUGUAUAGGUAAUCUAAUAUUCAAUACACUGAUUGUAUAUAAGGAGGAGAUACCUACUAUUUAUUUGUCAGGUAAACCACCUCACUGGUGUGUGUGUGCGCUGUUACCUUUUCUGUGCUUUAUUGUAUCUUUUCUAAGUAUACAUAGUGGUGAUAUACUUGGGUAUAGCAGCACCAAUCACCUAUCUUCAUCUUAAAGCGCCACUUCUAUUUCUAUUUGUUAACUGCUUGACAGAUGUCCGCUAACUCAGUUCAGUGCAGCAAGCUGCUGACACUGGGGAUUUGCAGCAAACAAAUUUUGUAUGUGUACAUCUUCUUUGAAUAUGUUUUAAUGUAAAAAAUAUAAAAUCAUGUCUAAGAAACUACGGUUCAUAUAUGGAGUAGUUGGCUUUCUAUUACUCUCCCCCUUAAUGUGGAGGCAGCUCCCGCCUAUGCUGCCAUUGAAUUUAUAUUUUUGUAGACCUUAUUUGGCCAUUCUUAAUUUGGUAGAUUUUUUUUUUUGUCACUUUUACAUAUAAUUUACUUUUAUUGCUUAGUUUGAGUCCCUCAUAAGCAGAUGUAUUUCUACUUGAGUAGUUGAGAAUUUGCCUCAUACUCCUGUGCUUUGUGAUUUAUUAUGUGAUGGACAGUGUAAGUAGUGUAUAUAUUGUAAAUACUAUGAUCCUCUCACAUUUAUAUUUUCACUUUGGGGAAGACCUUUUUCACUACCUUAGAUGAUAUUCCCCUGAGGCGGGAGUUUGCACACUAUUACGAUUUGCAGCACUGUUUCUUCCUAGGGUAUUACUUUGUUUUUAAUUCUGGUUAAUGUGUAACAUCUCUGUUUUGAGGUUAGGUACACAGCAUAUUACUGGUGACUGUCUUCACUUAUCACUUAGCUAUUUUACAUCCUAUUAUUCCCAGAAUUUAAAGGAAUACUGACAUUUUGGGAAUACAAACAUGUAUUCACAACACUAUAGUGAUCCUCUACCUAUGUAGGUGUCCAUUUACCCUCUCCCGCAGGUGUUUAAAUGGUAAGAUUUACUUAGUUUUCAUCCUGUGGGACGCACUGAUCUCCAUGAUGUCACUCCAUCUCUGUGGAUGAGAUCCUCGUUCUCGAUAAUUUCUGCAAAUACAAUGCUUCCUUAUAGGGAAGAAUUGGGAGGCUAGUGCAUCUGCAUGGCAAAAUAGCUGUGCCAAUCAAAUGUGAGUGAGUAAUUUGAGCAGAUAUAGCUGCAAAGCGACUGGUGGCUGUCUUCACCACAGCCACUGGAGAUGUGUUAAUCCUGUAAUGAAAACAUUGCUGUUCCUGUUAAACUGCGGGUAAUGCCCUCACUCUCUCCCCUACAGUACCCCCUAGUUUCCAGUGUUUCUCACAUUUAGUCUUCUUUGUAUUGUUUCCUUUGUAUACUCAUAUAUCUAUCUUUAUGACCCAGAGGCAGAUGAAAGAAUGUAUGGUGAGGCUCAUCUACUGCGAAAUGCUGGGGUAUGAGGCUUCCUUUGGCUACAUCCAUGCUAUCAAAUUAGCCCAACAAGGAAACUUACUUGAGAAAAGAGUAGGUAAGUAUCUGUCUUUAUAUGAGAAAAUAAAGAUAUAUUCAUCUAGUAGUAAGACUUUAAAUAGCCAUUAGUGCUACAGUCCAAUUUGUCCUCCCUGAGCACUGACAUUUUAAGCAAUCACUUUACUUUGCCUGGUCGUGUGUUCACAUUGCUAUGCCACCGCUGGGCGUACAUGAGUUUAUGAAUAAUCAGCAAUGCUCUGAUACCGUGACUUCUAAGGAAGCUACAGUGCAUGUGUGCCAAACCGUUAAAAGCCUAAAGAAAACAAAUAUUUUGCAGUAUCCUGCACCAUAAGUCAGCCUUUUUAGCUACACGCCUCACUCCACAGUUCAACCACUGACAGUUCUGAAUGAUCUGAACUACAAAUCAAUCUGCACUAAACGGCAAUAACAACCAGGGAGACCUAUAUUAAGGAUAUCACUACCUGUUUAUAGUUUCUCUGCUUGUCUCCAGCCAUAGUGUGAUUUAAAAGCAAUUCACUCAGUGCUGUUAGGGGCUGAUCUAUGUACAUACAGUGAUAAGGAAGUAUUUUUGGCAUGAGGGAGUGUGACUAAGGAGAAAGUCUUAUGGUAGUGCAUUCUGCAAAACAUUUAUAUUUUAAAUGCAUUAAAGUUGUGUUGGUGCCUGGAGUGAAUUUUUGGCAUGUAAAAAAAACUUUUAGAGAAGUUCCCAUGUGUAAAUGUUGUGGAGCUUUUUUGUGGAGUAUUUUACCUUCCUAGCACCAGCAAAUUGCCUUUCAUUGCAGAAGUGCUUUGUUAUUAGUUUAUUACCUGUUGGUGUUUAUUUGAUUUGAAAUUAAGCUGUAUUCAAUGUAACCUAAAACCCCCGAGUACCAGCAACAUGCAAGAAUAUUCCUCCCUGGUAUUGUCUAGGGAGGAGAGGUCACUGGUGCUGGAUAAAGGAAAGUGGCUGAAGGGGUUUUAACAGGGGAGAGGGGACUUUAGGUGUGUGUAUGUAUGUAUAUAUGUAUAUGUGUGUAUAUAUAUAUAUAUAUAUAUAUAUAUAUAUAUAUAUAUAUAUAUAUAUAUUAUUUUUUUUUUUUUAAGGAAAACGUGUUUGUUUUCCUGACACUAUUGUGAUCCUUUAAUGUGGAGGCCAAUGGCAAGUACUUUCAGCAGUAUAACAGUCUUUUUUGUUAUUUACCAGAAUUUGAAUUGUUGGAAGUUCAAAGUAUCUCAAAAGUUUCACCAAAUAACUGUCUGAAGUGUGUAAUUCAGGACUCAACAAAUCCCAGGCACCAGGUCUCCAUAAUUAUUGGAAUUUUGUCCUAGCGCCUGGAUAUUUGUCAUCCCAUUCCGUCCAAGGUGGAAGGCUGAGGGAGAGUGUAGGUGGCUGGCAAGGGAGCUGUAAUUUUCUCGCUCUGUUACCUCAUACGUUCUGCACUGGUGCCAGGAGCUGGAAUACGACAUCACUUUGGUCAUGGCAUUACUAGACAGCGCACAAGGGAGCAGAACAAGAAGAUCUUGAAGAUGACGGAAGGCCCAACUCAGUAUCCCCAAUGAACCCCAGGGAAAGCGGAGGCUGGGUGGACUUAAAUUGAAUUUAAACAAUAAUUUGUGUGUGUGUCUAUCAGGGAGUGUGUAUAUUUAGGUGACUGUCUCUUCUCUGAUCUCAUGGGAAUGGUGUUUUUACUCACUUUUUCCCCAUGCUGUGCCAGUUUAGCCGCUGCUGGCCCUGCCUCAAUGGCUGAGAUAGAUCUCUGCCAAAACAAAUGCUUUCCCAUAAGGAGUCUAUUACGCAUGCACAGCAAAAUGCUCUGCCAAUCACCAUCUCCUCAUAGAGAUGCAUUGAAUCAGUGCAUGUCUAUAGGGAACGUUGGGCACCUCUCUGCAAAGUGUGGAGAGAUGCUGAAUGUAGGUGCUGCACACAGUACAGCACUGAGAUAGAGCAUAUUAGUGGCCAUCUGAGUGACAGCCACUAGAAGUGUUAAUAGGCACCAAUGUAAACACUGCCUUUUCUCUGAACAGGACAAGCUAUAGAUUAAGCUAUAGUGGUUCUGGUGGCUAUAGUGUCCCUUUAAGAAUAUUUUUUUUUUUUUGUCAUUUAAAAUAAAGCUUUGUAAGUUUAAAAACAAAACAAAAAACUGGCUCCUAACUUUUUCCUUGAUUUAAGGCCAAUUUUUCAAGCCCUGGUAUAAUUUAAUUAGAAUUCCUGGCAAUUUUCACUUUAGGGAAUAAAGUUAAAAACUCUCAUUUAAGGAUGUUUCUCCCCCUCAGUGUGACUUUUUUUUUUUCCAGGAUACUUGGCGGUGUCCUUAUUCUUACAUGAAAAUCAUGAAUUGCUGCUCUUGCUGGUGAAUACAGUACUAAAGGUAAAAUAAAAAUGUCUCCAUUUGUUUUAAUUUCGAAUUCAUCCUAUCUCCUAACAUCACAUCAGCUCUUUUUUUUUUAAUCCACAUUUGCCUGCCUAAGUAAAUGGGUUUUGCAUUAGAGAGAUUAAAACAAAGUUGGCAUCUAGUUGCCUGCUGCAGUGCUUUUAACUAAGCAUAUAGAUGACUCAUUCGAAAUCACAACUGCCUGUUCAUUGCAACACCUAAAAUAUUGUCCACUUGUGUCAUUCCUAUUAACACAGCAUGAUCAAGUGAUUAAAUAUACCUUGUAAACAAACCUAAAUUUAGAGAGCCACUUAUGUUAAUUUUACUGAUUCAUGCUUCCGAACUCUGUUAAUAUACUGACAGUUAUCAAUAGAACAUUGCUGGUAUGAGUUUUCAUUAUUAUUAUUAUUGUGUGUGUGUGUGUAUGUAUAUAAUUUUUUAUUUUUUUUAAUUUCUAGAAAUGCCACAAACUGUUAAGUAAAAACUUGUUCAAAUUCACCUGCAGCUAUUUUUGUGCAAAUCUGCCACAAUGCCUCUUUAUGUCAAAGGACCACUAUAGUGCCAGGAAAACAUACUCGUUUUCCUGGCUCUAAAGGUCCUUGGGUCCCACUCACGCACUGGGCCCCCUUCCUGCCGGGCUCUAGGGUGUGGAAGGGGUUAAUCCCUUACCUUUUUUCCAGCGCCGGGCUCUCUCCUCCUCCUUCUUUCCCGUCAUCGGCAGAAUGCGCGCGCGCAUUCAGCCAGUCUCAUGGGAAAGCAUUCUGAAUGCUUUCCUAUGGAUGCUGGCGUCUUCUCACUGUGAAAAUCACAGUGAGAAGCGCGGAAGCGCCUCUAGCGGCUGUCAAUGAGACAACCACUAGAGGCUGGAUUAACCCUAAAGUAAACAUAGCAGUUUCUCUGAAACUAUGUUUUUUUUUUUUAAAUCUGUAUUUAUUAGACAGAGUAAUGGAAGAACAGCUUAUUCGAUUCAGUUUUCAGCAGAUUGAGGUCACGUACGACCUGUAUGUAUCUGCUACAUUAUGUUCAAAUGUGUAACAAUCAUAACAUUCGGUCCUGGGAACAACUUCGUCGCCGUCUUACCUCACGGCAUUCUAGACAACCAAAGCUCGGUUUAUAUUGGUUAACUUGUACAUAGUUCCUAUCAUUACCCCUCAGGGUGUAUUUAUAUUGCGUAAUCGGUCAGCCACGAGCUCUCCCUGGCGUGUUUGUGAUGGAUAUGGGAACCUAUGAAGGGUGACAUCGUAUGCGAUAUGUUUGUGGUAGCUAUGCGUCGUGUCAGUUACCUGUGGACUCGCUAAUCUUAUGUUUUGGUAGAGUGACUGUGGUAGGGAUUCAUAGUUUCCCUGUCCGAGCUACCUUAUCCGUCCUUGUUCCAUAUAUCUGUUCAUGGUUCUGCCUUAUCUAACUGUAUAUCCGUGGGUUGUAGUUAUAAUGGCAGUGUUUCUUGUUCAUUUUUUCUUUGGACACGUGGCUGUGGCGUGGCUUCAUUAAGUUGGUUGUGUGCAUGUGUAUAUGGUAAUGAAAGUGAAUGGGUUGUAGUCACGAGAAUCGUGAUAGAGAAGAAGGGAGAAGGGGAAAGAGCAAGGGUGCGAGUAUUUAGCUAUGAGAGGAGAUAUGGGUUUCGCCCCGAGGGUCCGGGCCCCCUAAAACUGCUAUGUUUACACCAGAAAGGGUUAAUCCUAGCUGGACCCGGCACCCAGAUCACUUCAUUAAGCUGAAGUGGUCUGGGUGCCUAUAGUGGUCCUUUAAGUAACUCACAAAUUACCGUUUUCAGAGUCUUUACUAGAUUAUUUAUUUAUUUUGAAAAAAGAAACCAAGUCAUAGACUACCAGGUUCCACUUUUCACACUGUGUACUGCCUUGCUAAUCCUUUUGCCAAAAGUGGUGAGAUGGAAUGUAAUUCUUAAUUAAUUCACUAGUCACUUUACCUUUCGGCCAUUUUGUUUCAUGUAAAAAUUACCUUUAUUGGCGCCGUGCAGCACCUAUAUUAGAAUAUGUUGUACCUCUUAGGUAGAGGGAAUGGAAAUAAGUUUUGAAUAAAGACAACUCCGUAAUGCUUGUUUUGGCAGGAUCUCCAGAGUACCAAUCUGGUUGAAGUGUGCAUGGCUCUCACUGUAGUUAGUCAGAUCUUUCCACGGGAAAUGAUUCCAGCUGCUCUUCCACUGAUCGAAGACAAACUACAACAUUCAAAGUAAGCAAAAAGUGCACUUUAAGUUGAAUCCCUUUGCUGUGUGCAUUCAAAACAUGUUUUCUGUGCUGUUGUGCAUUUUUCUAGCUCUGCUUGCUUGUAAGGGCUUAACAUAGGUUAUUUUCCUGCUCAUUACAUCACUUCAGAAAGUGAAGAUAAACAGUUAGUGAGUGUUGCAAAUAAAGAAUGGUUAGUCAGGCAUUACUUUUAAGCAUAUGGUAUAAGGCUUAGAAGCCAACACUUUUAAGUGAGUAAUUAUGGAAAAUACAGGGAGUGCAGAAUUAUUAGGCAAAUGAGUAUUUUGACCACAUCAUCCUCUUUAUGCAUGUUGUCUUACUCCAAGCUGUAUAGGCUCGAAAGCCUACUACCAAUUAAGCAUAUUAGGUGAUGUGCAUCUCUGUAAUGAGAAGGGGUGUGGUCUAAUGACAUCAACACCCUAUAUCAGGUGUGCAUAAUUAUUAGGCAACUUCCUUUCCUUUGGCAAAAUGGGUCAAAAGAAGGACUUGACAGGCUCAGAAAAGUCAAAAAUAGUGAGAUAUCUUGCAGAGGGAUGCAGCACUCUUAAAAUUGCAAAGCUUCUGAAGCGUGAUCAUCGAACAAUCAAGCGUUUCAUUCAAAAUAGUCAACAGGGUCGCAAGAAGCGUGUGGAAAAACCAAGGCGCAAAAUAACUGCCCAUGAACUGAGAAAAGUCAAGCGUGCAGCUGCCACGAUGCCACUUGCCACCAGUUUGGCCAUAUUUCAGAGCUGCAACAUCACUGGAGUGCCCAAAAGCACAAGGUGUGCAAUACUCAGAGACAUGGCCAAGGUAAGAAAGGCUGAAAGACGACCACCACUGAACAAGACACACAAGCUGAAACGUCAAGACUGGGCCAAGAAAUAUCUCAAGACUGAUUUUUCUAAGGUUUUAUGGACUGAUGAAAUGAGAGUGAGUCUUGAUGGGCCAGAUGGAUGGGCCCGUGGCUGGAUUGGUAAAGGGCAGAGAGCUCCAGUCCGACUCAGACGCCAGCAAGGUGGAGGUGGAGUACUGGUUUGGGCUGGUAUCAUCAAAGAUGAGCUUGUGGGGCCUUUUCGGGUUGAGGAUGGAGUCAAGCUCAACUCCCAGUCCUACUGCCAGUUCCUGGAAGACACCUUCUUCAAGCAGUGGUACAGGAAGAAGUCUGCAUCCUUCAAGAAAAACAUGAUUUUCAUGCAGGACAAUGCUCCAUCACACGCGUCCAAGUACUCCACAGCGUGGCUGGCAAGAAAGGGUAUAAAAGAAGAAAAUCUAAUGACAUGGCCUCCUUGUUCACCUGAUCUGAACCCCAUUGAGAACCUGUGGUCCAUCAUCAAAUGUGAGAUUUACAAGGAGGGAAAACAGUACACCUCUCUGAACAGUGUCUGGGAGGCUGUGGUUGCUGCUGCACGCAAUGUUGAUGGUGAACAGAUCAAAACACUGACAGAAUCCAUGGAUGGCAGGCUUUUGAGUGUCCUUGCAAAGAAAGGUGGCUAUAUUGGUCACUGAUUUGUUUUUGUUUUGUUUUUGAAUGUCAGAAAUGUAUAUUUGUGAAUGUUGAGAUGUUAUAUUGGUUUCACUGGUAAUAAUAAAUAAUUGAAAUGGGUAUAUAUUUGUUUUUUGUUAAGUUGCCUAAUAAUUAUGCACAGUAAUAGUCACCUGCACACACAGAUAUCCCCCUAACAUAGCUAUAACUAAAAACAAACUAAAAACUACUUCCAAAAAUAUUCAGCUUUGAUAUUAAUGAGUUUUUUGGGUUCAUUGAGAACAUGGUUGUUGUUCAAUAAUAAAACUAAUCCUCAAAAAUACAACUUGCCUAAUAAUUCUGCACUCCCUGUAACUGCUGGGAUUGUGCUUUGGGGUUUUAAUUGCAUUACAUUUUGCUAAGUUACGUAAAAGUUGCUGAGAGAGAAUUUAGAAAGCCAUGUCAAAAAAUUGUAGGCGGACAAGCUACGCAAAUUAACUGAACCUUCCAAAGGAAUUAUUAGAGAAGUUUUAUUUUGUUUUGUAAUAUCCUCUCUAGUUUGGGUUACCAUAUGACAUCAUAAUGAAACACAAAUAUCAAGUCAUGAUGUCCUUUUAAAAACCUUGCUUCUUUAGUGUUUUACAUGCCGAAUAUCUAAAUAUCUUUUUUUUUUGUUUUGUUUUUUUUAAAUGGUAAACCAUCCUAGACUUUCAAAGCAUAUUUGUGCAUAUUAAAAAUUAUAAAGCAGUCGCCCCUCCUGGUUCUUUCCUGUUUAUAAAGUACAUUACCAUAUGUAAUAUCUCCAAAGGUCUUUAGGAGUUAAAACAAUGUAAAGAAAACAAAACUCAGUUUUCCUGCAAACCUAUCAUGUAGAGACUGUGAAGGUUUCAAUCAGUUCAUUUCCAAUAAUAUUCCCAAGCGUGGGAAAAUAUUGGAAACAUGUUACUUUAUCGUCACAAAAUCAUACAUCUGCUAUGGAUUCCAAAUUAACUUUAAACUUAUGAUACUCCCAGAACAAAAAAAAAUAUUUUGCUUCCACAGUGAUGACAGCAUCUCAUUUAGUGGCUGACUACUAUAAGAGUUAAUAAAACCUUAUUAUUCAAAAAGGUCUGAAAUGUAAUUGCUUGUGAAGGGGUUAAAACCUUUCAAAAUCCUUUUUUCCAAAACAUUUCUCAAGUAUUCAAUAUGUUCUAUACACCUGAAUUCGAAUAAUUUGUAGUCAAUACAAAUUAGAGGAGUCUUUAUAGGCACCUGCAACACGGUGGCAUAUUUGCUUUACACGGAAUAUUAAGCUGUUAGAUAGGAAAUGCCCAAUAAAUCCCAAAGUGAGUGCAUGGUUUUGGUCAAACAGCCUAAGUUUUUACACUGUUAAAGACUGUGGUGUGCUACACCAAAUCACUUUAAUCUGUUGGUUCUACCCCACAAUCAAAGUGUUUAUUCUCCCAGUUCUUGAAUGCUUCCUUUCUACCCUGAAGCAACACUGUUACUGUGCUUGUCUAUAUAGCAUGCAAAAGCAUUGACUACACAUAUACUUAUUUUUUUUUUUACACAAUCUUUUUAUUGAAAUUUUAUCACAGAACAUAAAACAGACAAAAGCUUGGCAUACCAAGUGCAUUUUAAGCAUGAACAAUAUAGAUAAUCCCAGCUAAUUCUUGGGGUUGCCAUUACAGAAUCUUCAAAGACAUAGAUAUUAUACAAUACAUUCCUACCGAGGACAAAGGUAAAAUUGCCAUGAGUAAAGGAGGGUGAUCUAUUACUAUUCGUAAGAAAAAAUUAUGUCCGGAUGAGUCUAGAUAUUUUCAAGGAGCGUUUAUAACUAAGAGUUCUAUCUUGGUUAACCAAUAACCCCAAAUUUCACUAUUUUCUUUAAAGGGAGAUCCCUGGGUGCAGCUCAACAUUUUUCCAUAUUACGUUGAAAUGUUAGCGUUUUCUUUUUGUUUUUUAAUGAUGUCACAAUAUGCAUUCUAUUGUAUUCCAAUGCCAGACUAUAAGGGCUUUGCAAGCAGUCAAAUGGCGAAUAUGUAUAUAUAAUUCCUUAUUGCUAAUUUGAGGCCAAUUCAAAUGUAAUAGAAUAGACUCUGAAGUUAUCAGUUUCUGAAUGCAGGUUAAAUUUGUUUUAAAAACCAAAGAACUUUAAGCCAAACAUUUCUAAUCAAGCCACUACUUCACCAGGUAUGCAGAUAAGUACCAGUGUAUUUAUUGCAUCUCCAACAUAGGAGAGGAGAGUGUUCUGCUGAGAACUUAGCAAGUCACUAGGGGCCAAAUACCAUUUACAGGUGAUACUCGAAAAAUUAGAAUAUCGUGCAAAAGUUAAUUUAUUUCAGUAAUACAACAUAAAAGGGGAAACUAAUAUGAGAUAGACGCAUUACAUGCAAGCAAGAUGGUUCAAGCCGUGAUUUGUCAUAAAUGCGAUGUAUAUGGCUUACAGCUCAUGAAAACCCCAAAUCCACAAUCUCAGUAAAUUAGAAUAUUGUGAAAAGGUGCAAUAUUCUAGGCUCACAGUGUCCCACUCUAAUCAGCUAAGUAAGCCAUAACACCUGCAAAGGGUUUCUGAGCCUUUAAAUGGUCUCUCAGUCUGGUUCAGUAGGAAUCACAAUCAUGGGGAAGACUGCUGACCUGACAGUUGUGCAGAAAACCAUAAUUGACACUCUCCAUAAGGAGGGAAAGCCUCCAAAGGUAAUCGCGAAGGAAGUUGGAUGUUCCCAAAGUGCUGUAUCAAAGCACGUUAAUAGAAAGUUAUGUGGAAGGGAAAAGUGUGGAAGAAAAAGGUGCACAAGCAGCAGGGAUGACCACAGCCUGGAGAGAAUUGUAAGGAAAAGGCCAUUCAAAAGUGUUGGGGACGUUCACAAGGAGUGGACUGAGGCUGGAGUCAGUGCAUCAAGUGCCCACACACAGAUGGAUCCUGGACAUGGGCUUCAGAUGUCGUAUUCCUCUUGUCAAGCUGCUCCUGAACAAUGUCAGAAGUGUCUUACCUUGGCUAAAGAAAACAAGACCUGGUCUGUUGCUCAGUGGUCCAAAGUCCUCUUUUCUGAUGAGAGCAACGUUUGCAUCUCAUUUGGAAACCAAGGUCCCAGAGUCUGGAGGAAGAAUGGAGAGGCACACACUGCAAGAUGCUUGAAGUCCAGUGUGAAGUUUUCACAGUCUGUGUUGAUUUGGGGAGCCAUGUCAUCUGCUGGUGUUGGUCCACUGUGCUUCAUUAAUUCCAGGGUCAAUGCAGCCGUCUACCAGGAGAUUUUGGAGCACUUCAUGCUUCCUUCUUCAGACAAGCUUUAUGGGGAUGCUGACUUCAUUUUCCCUUGGCACCUGCCCACACUGCCAAAAGCACCAAAGCCUGAUUCAGUGACCGUGGGAUUACUGUGCUUGAUUGGCCAGCAAACUCGCCUGACCUGAACCCCAUAGAGAAUCUAUGGGGCAUUGCCAAGAGAAAGAUGAGACAUGAGACCGAACAAUGCAGAAGAGCUGAUGGCCGCUAUUGAAGCAUCCUGGUCUUCCAUAACACCUCAGUAGUGCCACAGGCUGAUAGCUUCCAUGCCAUGCCUCAUUGAGGCAGUAAUUGCUGCAAAAGGGGCCCAAACCAAGUACUGAGUCCAUAUGCAUGCUUAUACUUUUCAGAGGUCUAAUAUUGUUAUAUGUACACUCCUUGUUUUAUUGAUUGCAUGUAAUAUUCUAAUUUACUGAGAUUGUGGAUUUGGGGUUUUUAUGAGCUGUAAACCAUAAUCAUCGCACUUAUGACAAAUCACGGCUUGAACUAUCUUGCUUUGCAUGUUAUGCAUUUAUCUCAUAUAUUAGUUUCCCCUUUUACGUUGCAUUACUGAAAUAAAUGAACUUUUGCACGAUAUUCAAAUUUCUCGAGUAUCACCUGUACUUUUUCUCUAAUACUGCAUUUCGACUAUAUUUAAGCAUUGUUUCGCCUGAUUACCUUUAAGAAAAGCUGAGACCCAAACUUCCAAAUUAAUAUCUAUCCAGAGUUCUUUUCGCCAAGCCUGAUAGAUGGAUAGCUUGUGCAUCUUCUCCAAUAAUCUGAGAAUUUCUAUCCUCUUUGAGAUAACGUUACCUGUCUCCUUAAAAUUAAAAAAGCAAUGCAUUUAAUAACUAUCUCUGAAGGUUUAAUGCUUCAGCAAAAUGUUUUUAACCUGAAUGUAAUUAAAUAGUUGCCUAUUUGAUAGCUGAAAUUCUUGUGCUAUCUGCGGAAAAACUUUAAUUCCAUCUUUAGACAAUAAAUUUCGAUGGAACUGAUUCCUCUUGACUUCAAUUCUUUAAUUCUAGGUUUCUCAUACUUUUAUCAAGUUGGUUUAAUCUUACAUGAGAUGGAAUCUUAUCUAUAAAUCCACAUUUUUUUUUCAACUAUCUGAGAUGUCUUCCUAAUUAAGAGACCACAGCAAAAUCCAUUUUUAAUACGUAACUUGUUUAAUUUCUUGUAUCAACCUUAAUUUUUUAGUUUCUUUCAUUUGCAUUGUAUGCAGAUGGUAAAUUGUCAUGGUGAAAUAUCUUUUAAUCAAAGGAAAGCCAAGACCAGCCUUGCUAAUUAUUUGUUAGCAAUUUUUGUUUAGUUCUGUGUUUUUUUUUUUUUUUUUAAUCUUUCUAAAUAAAAUUGGUUAUCCAAUAUGGAAUGAUUUCUAACAAUGCCUCAGAAUUUUUUAUUUUUUUUUAAUUUUAUUAUUAAAACUGCAAUAAUUACUCUUGCAGGGUUAAGGGUGAUGGGAGUUGGCACCCAGACCACUUUAAUGGGAUGAAGUGGUCUUGGUGCCUACAGUGUCCCUUUAAGAUUCUAUCUUUUGCCUAAUACAAUGAUAUUUUACCAUGAAUUCUCUUGGAAAAGAAUCUGGAACUGACGAGGGUUUGUAAAUCCAAUGUUAACGUUCUAACAUACAAUCAUAAUCCAUUAAAUCCAGAAUAUAAUGUAUGAAAAAAUCCUGUAGAAAAUCCUGCAAGACAUCCUGAGUGACCUUUUUCGGAAUAUUAGGAAUACAUAUGUUUGCUCUAGAACUUUCCUCCAAAUCAUUCAACCUGAAUUCAAAUGUAACCAUUUUCUGAGACAUAUCAGUGAAGCCUGCUUUCAAGGAACCAUACUGUUGAUGUAAAUGACUACAUUUAUCUUCAAUAUUACAUUUAUCUCUGAGUUUGUUACUCUCUUUAUUUCAUGAGAGAAAAACAAGUGGCAAGAGAGGUGAUAACGGACAACAGCUCAAUUAACCUGCCCUUCGGGGGGUCCCGCUCAGAUCUCAAACUGGUUUUAGCUCAUCUGGUGCCAUUACAGAGAGAACAUAUCAGACUGGUCCCACCCGUAUGGGCAGUCCAGAUCCAAAAUGCCAGCAAGUUCCCUCUGCACGAGAGAGACAGCAACCCCAGACGAUUUCAACGCCAGACGAUUUCAACCUUGUGAGGUAUCAUCAGUGAGGUAUAGCCAAUAUCCCUCUAGCCACCAUGAGCAAGGGGUCCAUAUCUGGAUUGCCCUUCAUAAGGGCAGGCUAAUUGAGCUGUUGUUCUUUUCUCCCUUUAUUUCAUGUUUGAUUUCUUGUUUAAUUUCCAUGGUGGAAGAUCUUGCUUAAACGGUUUUUAAUUGCAUCUAAAGGCAUUGCAUUAUAAACUCUUUGGACAGGGCCACAUACUCUGAGUGUAUUGUCAGAUCUUGUGAAGUUUCCGACUGUUUAUCCUCAUCCUCGUCUGAGUUUUAGUUUUUCCUUGAUUAGGAGGAAAAAAUUCAGAUAAACUUUUCUGAACCAUACAAUUUUUGUGUGCAUUAAGGACUAGAUUGCUGUUGCUGAUUGAUUAAAGCAUCUCAGUAAUCUCGAUUAUCCUUGCUACUUGUCUGCUACAGUCAAUUUUAUAUAGUUUGCAUGCUCCACUGUGUUCUAGCUCUCGCUUGUAGCAACAGCUUAAGCAGGGUUUAUCCUUAAAUUCUGUGUUUUCAUGUCAGUUUCUGAAUCUCCCAGGUCCUGCUGCUACCGCUCGGCACGUGCCUGGCCCCACCUCCCGAAGUGCGCAUGCUUAAUAAUCAUGUCACCCCAUCUUCUAUCUUCACCAUAACCUUCUAACAUUUCAUACCCUGUUAUGAAAUUAUAGAAACACUUUCCCCUAAAUAUCUAAAUAGUGACUGAGCAGCCAAAUUGGCCAUGCCUAUAACACAAUACAUUUUAAUAUCUCUAAAAUAUGAUCAACAUGUGUCCAGCAACGGGGCUUUAAUGCAACCAUAAAUAAUUACAAAUAUUCUUAUAGUUCUAACAUAUUCUGCUGCACUGUACAAUAGGUAAACCAAACUAACAAUUCUAACAAAAACAUGUAGUUGAACAAGCUCAUAAUCUACACUAUUAGAUCCUCAGAGCUGUCAAACAGGCCUGCUAGUCACCAAAAGCUUAAACGGAUUUGUAAAUCAUGACUCCUGUUUCUACCUUGUAUAUGCACAAAUUAUGAUUCCUCUUUCUGACCAUUUAAAGCAUCUACUCCUGAAAAUUAAAACUAUUCAGAAUCCGAGCGUAUCUCUCCUGACCCCUUUACCACAGUGAUGUAUUAUUACUGUGCAAAAAAGUAUGAUUGUGAUUUUAUGUCCUGUGUACCAUACUCAAGUCUAACUUUCUAUUAAUAAUGAUAUAUGCUUUAUCAAAUGUCUUUCUAGGGAAAUUGUAAGAAGAAAAGCCGUCUUGGCAUUGUAUAAAUUCUACUUAAUGGCACCCAAUCAAGUGCAGCAUAUCCAUGAGAAAUUCAGGAAAGCUCUGUGUGACAGAGAUGUGGGUGUCAUGGCUGCCUCGUUACACAUUUAUCUACAGGUGAUCAAGGUAAAGGCAAAGUUCCACUCUUUUUAUAGCUCACAUUACACGGCAUCGAUGAUCUAAAUUAGUUGGAUGAUCUAAGAUUUAUAAAAAGCAAACUGACAUUUGCUUUAUGCAGUUUUAACAGCGUCAAACAAUCCUCAAUGAAAUUAUUCAAAGGCUAAACUUAACUACUAUAUUUGCUUUGUACAGGACAACCCAUUGGGAUACAAGGACCUGACAGGUUCAUUUGUUACCAUUUUGAAGCAGGUUGUUGGAGGAAAGCUUCCAGCAGAUUUUAAUUAUCAUAGUGUCCCAGCUCCUUGGCUCCAAAUUCAGCUCUUGAGGAUCCUGAGGCUGCUGGGAAAAGAUGAUCUCAGGUAACUGUUUUAGGGCUGCACAUCACAAUGUGGGCUCUAGGUGGCGCCAUAUAAUGAUAUAUGGAAAUCAUCAUGAGCUAGAAUACGUUACACGUCAGGAUUAAAGAUGACCAAAUCAAAGUAUGUUAUAUUUAUUUUGUCUUUUGUUAUCUUUAUGCAUAAAUAUACAAGUUGACAGAUAAAUUGGGUUGGCAAUAAAAUAUGCUGUUGAUAAUGAAAGUAUUUUAGCAAAUGGCAAUGUUGAUAAUGAAAGUAUUUUAGCAAUGUUCUUUAAUGUCCAAGUGAGCAACCUAAAUCAGAUAGCCCUUUUCAUUUCUUAAUGGCAAAUGAAAACCAAAAUGGAUGUUUUUAGUGUUUUGAUCUUAAUUAUGAAAUUGCGUAUCAAAAUAUUUGUAAUAUGUAAAUGUGUCUUAAUGUCAGAACAUUUUAGUAAGGUUGUGUUGUUUUAUUAAUCAAUUCAUUUUAGUAGAAUAUAAGUAUUUAUUUAUUCUCCAAAUGGCAGUUUGACUAGCGAUUUAAAAAAUAAAUACAAAUUUUAAAUGUAAAAAAAUUUUUUUUGAUAACUAAUUACUAAUACCUCUUCACGAUUUGACUGUAAUAUUCUUGAAUGGCAGUAAUUAAGAGAAAGCACUCUUAAGAAUACUACUUCUAUUACUCUUCUAAAUUAAUCUGAAAAUCUCUGCAGUCGUUUUUUAUUUUUUUUAGGGUGGGGGGGGGGAUAAACUGAUCCUAAAUGGUUUGACCAGAACUUCAGAAGCAGUUUUACAAAAAUUCUGUUUUUAAAAAAAUGUAUAUCCAUUUGUUAUUCAUUAUUUUUGUAGGACCAGUGAGUUAAUGUAUGAUGUGCUUGAUGAGUCUUUAAGAAGGGCAGAAAUUAAUCACAAUAUCACCUACGGUAUGUAAUUAUAUAUGUUUUUUUUUUUUUAUCUCCAUUAUUGUUAGUACAAUUAGAAAUCAAUAAAGCUCUGGAUAAAUAGCACUUCAUCUUGUAGUUGUGGUGCUCAGAAUGCCACUUUCAUUUCAUACAGUGUGCUUUACUUUACUCUAUAAACGUAAAAGUUAAAGGGAUACUCUAAGCUCUAAAACAACUUUAGCUUAAUGAAGCCGUUUUGGUGUAUAGAUCAUGCCCCAAAACAAUUUUAGCUUAAAGAAGCCGUUUUGGUGUAUAGAUCAUGCCCCUGCAGCCUCACUAAUCAAUGCUCUGCCAUUCAGGAGUUAAAUCACUUUUGUUUCUUUUUAUGAAGCCAGAGCCACACCCUUAAACAACCAAUGUGAUAUUUUUAUUUUUUAUUCAGUGCAGUGUGUUUACUUUAGACGUUUUUAUCUCCUGCUCUGUUAAUUAAACUUUAAUCACACAUGUAUUCUAUAGGCUGUCAACAAAGCAGGAGAUAAGAAAAGGAAGUUUUAAACAUUCGAUCUCUCUUUACAAGAAUUGUUUAGGGAGGCUGUGUGGGUUACAUGCAGGGAGGAGAGAAUUGAGCAGUGAGACUUACUCCAUCCACUAAGCUAACGUAGUUUUGGUGUUUAUAAAGGCCAUUUAAAAAGAAAUAAAAUUAAAAAAAAAUGUUUUUCUAAAUACUUUUGAGUGCAGUUAUAACAGAAUUGAAAACCCACAUUUCUAAAUAUAAUCGAAUUUUAAUACUCCUUUCUUUUCUUUUCAGCCAUCUUGUUUGAGUGUGUGCAAACUAUUUAUACAAUCUACCCCAAAUCAGAUUUAUUUGAGAAGGCUGCAAAAUGUAUCGGAAAGUUCAUUUUAUCACCAAAGAUCAACCUUAAGUAUUUAGGUAAGGUUUGUUCCCAUACUCCUAGCAUGUUUCACAGUGGUAGAACUAUUGUGAUGCUGUGUUUCUUUUUUGUUUUUGUAGGACUCAAAGCACUUACGUUUGUUGUUCAGCAGGAUCCAAACCUGGCACUUCAACACCAAAUGACAAUUAUCGAGUGCAUAGACCAUACUGAUCCAAUCAUAAAAAGAGAGGUUAGAUGCUCUUGUGUAAGAUUAGGAAUCUUACUGCAACACUUACUUUACUGCCAAAACUAGCUUUUGCCAUUGAUGUGAAUAAGGGUAUUAAUUCUAAUCAUUAUUAUUCUUUACUUGGCAUGCUGUUUGCCAGAUCUACAGAUGUCCCAAAGCAGGUAAAGUAUGUACCUACGUAUCAGUAAUCCAAAUAUUUAAUAUUUCUUAUUUCAGAACUUGAAUAUGAGAAAUACACAACAUUUCUAAAUGGGUUUCUCAACUUUGUGUUGGAAACUGCAAGUUGUAGGAGGAGUAAUAUUCUUUAAGCAUUUGAAGGUCAUAGAAUAGAUUAGAUUAUUUACUCAAAAAAUACCCAGGAACAGUCCAGGCAACCCUUGAUACUAUCCUUGUGCUGUAAUUUGAUCAGAUAGAUGAACGAGAUUGUUAAAUAGUAUAUUUUUUUAUGCUUGUGGCUUUGGAUGCUCCUCACAAAUAUCAAUAUAAUGGUUAUUUAAAUGACACUUUAAAAGGAAAGCAUCCUAAAAAAAAAUAAACAUAAACAAAUUGAAAAAUAUUUGAUGUUUUACUUGGUAUCGUGGUGUUUUUUUUUUGUUUUGUUUUUUACUUUUUAUUUGAAGGCAGUAAAUGGGAGGAACAUUGUUUAGGAGAUAUCUGUCUGUUCAGUUUUGAGGAAAUUCUGACCGUGAAUGGUGUGAUGGCAGUAAGGAUAUUGAAAGAAUUGGUUUUUCGAAUAUUUAUUUAUUUAACCCCUUAAGGACACAUGAUGGAAAUAUUCCGUCAUGAUUCCCUUUUAUUACAGAAGUUGUGUACUUAAGGGGUUAAGAUACAUUGAGAUUUCUCUUGUUUUCAAGUAUGUCCUGGGUCCACAAAACAUUUCAUUGGUACAAUAAAAUACAAAAACAAUAUUAAUACACAAUAUAUUAUUUUAACAUAGAACAGGCAGGAUAUGUAUAAUCAACCAUGACCAGUGCAUUAUGUUUUGAGGUAUGUAGAGAGGGAUCUCUUAAAUGAUUUUAGGCUUGGGGAAGAUUUGAAAGUGUGCGGGAGGUCGUUCCACAAUUGCGGUGCUCUGUAGGAAUAGGAGGAUCGAGCUGCUUUCUUUUUUGAAUUGAGAUAGACUAAAUAAAGUGCUGGUACUGGAUCGGAGGUUAUAGGAGGUGGGAACAGCUGGGGAGAGCAUUCUGCUCAGGUAGGGUGGGAGCUUCCCAGAAAAGCUCUUAAACACAAGGCUGGAAAGAUGAAGGGUGCGUCUGGAUUCCAGCGAUAGCCAGUUUAGUUCUUUUAGCAUGUCACAAUGGUAGGUCCUGUAAUUAAAUUGCAACACGAAUCGGCAGAACGAGUUAUACAGUUAUUAAGUUUAUUAACCCCUUAAGGACCAAAUUUCUGGAAUAAAAAGGAAUCAUGACAUGUCACACAUUAAAGGACCACUAUACUGCCAGGAAAACAAACUUGUUUUCCUGGCACUAUAGUAUUAAUAGGUCCCCCCCACCCUCAUAGCCCCCCUUCCGCCGGGCUUUAGGAAGGGGUUAAAUCACUUACCUUUCCGAGGGAGCCCGGCGUUGGGGACUCUUCUUCUCCUUCGGAUGUCAUCGGCUGAAUGGGCAUGCGCGGCAAGAGCCGCGCGCACAUUCAGUCCAUAGGAAAGCAUUCUCAAUGCUUUCCUAUGGACGCUGGCAUCUUCUCACUGUGAAAAUCACAGUGAGACCCACGGAAGUGCCUCUAGCGGCUGUCAAUGAGACAGCCACUAGAGGCUGGAUUAACCCCUAUGCUGGAUUAACAGCAGGCAGGGUUAACCCUAGAGGGACCUGGCACCUAGACCACUUCAUUGAGCUGAAGUGGUCUGGGUUCCUAUAGUGGUCCUUUUAAGGUGGGUUUGUGGUGCAGGUGAAUAUACUACAUCCCCAUAAUCAAUGAUUGGCAUCAGCAUUUGCUGUACAAUCUUUUCCUUUACUGUAGGGCUUAGGCAGAAUUUGUUUCUGUGCAGGGCAUCCAGUUUUGGAUAACGUUUAGAUGCAAGUUUUUCUAUGUGGAGGCCAAAAGAUAGAUUGGGGUCUAACAACAUACCCAAGUGUUUGAAAAAGUGGACUGUGUGCUAUUUGAUUUUUGAUGGAUAGGUGGAAAUUGUGUAAUUUGCGUAAUUUAGGUACUGUUCGAAAGAUCAUUGUGGAACCUUGGGGAACACCACACGUGACUGGGAGAGGGAGGGAGUUGCUGUCAGAAAUGGACACAUAUUGUGAGUGAUCUGAUACAUAUGAUCAAAACUAGGUUAGCGGAAAGUCACCAAUACCCAAGUUUUUUUUUAGUUUGUGCAGUAGAAUGUUGUGGUCUACUGUGUCAAAGGCCUUUGCAAAAUUAAGGAAAAUAGCAACAGUUAGAUCUCCUUGUUCCAUGCCAGUUUGGAUGUCAUUGCAAACUUUUAAAAGGGCAGUUGUAGUGGAGGGAUUUGGACGAAAACCCGAUUGAUCAGGGGUCAGAUAGUUUGAUUGCUGGUAAUACUCACAUAGUUGCGUAUGGACACAUUUUUCUAAGAUUUUUGACAAUACUGGGAGCAAUGAUAUUGGGCGAUAGUUAGAAACCAAAGUAGUGUCACCACUUUUAUGGAUAGGCACUACUCUCGCAGUCUUCCAAAGUUUGGAUUUGUAUCCAGACACCAAGGAUUAGUUAAGUUUAGCAAUUGCCGGCGCAAUGAGCUUCAACAGCAUUGCUGGGAUUUGAUUAGGUCCGGACUGGUUUUUCAUUUUUAGAUUAUUAAGGUGUUUCUUAAUGACACUAACAGGUACAGGUCUAAAAAUGAACUGGUCUAUAUUGGGUCUUUGCAAAUUUAGUGGGACCUGAUCCACAUUUGUAGUUUCAGGAUGUGUGUCAUUUAUUAGCUUGGCAAUCAGGUUAGUGGUGCAUCCAACAAAAUAAUUGAAUAUUGCAAUUUUCAUUCUUCUGGUGUUGUAUUUCCAGUAUGGUAUCUCCAAACAACAGAUUUUGUAAUCUCCUUGCAUCAUAAACAUGUGUUGGCAUGAGGUGUGCAUUGAACUGAUCUCAAUCUCUCUAGUAGACGCAAUCUACAUCAUACGUAAAAAUAAAUUGAAUCUGCUUUUUUUUAUUAAAAAAUAAAAUGUACUCUAAAGUCUGUUGGCUUAAAACUAUUUUAAUACAGUCCUUCUUUUGUCUUCAACAGACACUGGAGCUGCUCUAUCGAAUCACCAAUGACCAGAAUAUAACAGUGAUAGUUCAGAAAAUGUUAGACUAUCUGAAGCAAAGUAAAGAUGAAUAUACAAUAAUCGCCUUGGCUGGGAAGAUUGCAGACUUGGCAGAAAAAUAUCCUUUUUGUGUAUGUGUUCAAAAAGUGGUAAUGAACAAAAAAAAAGUUAAUAAUACAAUUCAGUAGAAACCAUUAUGUUUAGUACAUUGCAUUUGAUAAAAUUAUCUUGAUGCAAACUGCACAAAAAGCCCUUGUUCUGAUAGUUUUUUUGUCUUUAUUUUUAUUAUUUUGUUGCUAGAGUUUUUUUCGUAUUGAACAAUUAUUAAAUUAUAAAAACAGUUGGAUGAAGAAAUUACCUAGCUCUUUAUAGUGAACUGAAAUAAUUUGCCAGUGUAUGCUAGAUUCAUGAUUGCUUACAUUUUAUGAUGCAAGAAUAAGUAACCCCUUAAGGACACCGCUUCAAAAGCUUGUUUUACCCUUAAGGACAGAAGCCAUUUUUGCACUUUUUGCUAUUUGUGUUCAAACGCAAUUUGCAUCUUUGUCAUUUAUUGCACCAAAUACAUAUUACAUACAUAUUACAUACAAUUUUUAGAGGGCAGAAAGGGCUUUAAUUUGAUGUCACAUAUAUAUAUAUAUAUAUAUACACAGACAUACAUACAUACAUACAUUCAUUCUCAUUAAUUAUAAAAAAAAUAUAUAUAUUUUUUUCUCAGUUUCGGCAAUAAUAGCAUGUGCAUAAUAGAAACAUAGAAUGUGACGGCAGAUAAGAACCAUUCGGCCCAUCUAGUCUGCCCAAUUUUCUAAAUACUUUCAUUAGUCCCUAGCCUUAUCUUAUAGUUAGGAUAGCCAUAUGCCUAUCCCACGCAUGCUUAAACUCCUUUACUGUAUUAACCUCUACCACUUCAACUGGAAGGCUAUUCCAUGCAUUCACUACCCUCUCAGUAAAGUAAUACUUCCUGUUAUUAUUUUUAAACCUUUGUCCCUCUAAUUUAAGACUUUGUCCUCUUGUUGUGGUAGUUUUUCUUCUUUUAAAUAUAGUCUCGUCCUUUACUGUGUCUUGAUUUAUAGAAUUUCAGCUUAUUUUGAAAGUUACAGAUCACAAAAUACAAGGACUAAAAUAAAAUUUCAAUGUGAAACUAUUUUAGAAGUUGGUAUGUUUGUCUUGUAGGUUUUUGUAGCCAUCACAGAAAAAUAAAAUUGCCACGCCAAAGUAUAUAUUUAUAUAAAGUAGACAUCACUACACUUUUUACGUAGCCAUUUCAUCGCAAAUCUCUGCUAAAUUUUUUUUUCUCUAUUUUUGCAUAUUCACAUAUAACAAUGUUUUUGUAAUGUGUAUUUCGUAAAGCUGGUGUGUGCUAUUCCUGCACAGAACCCCAUAUUGUGUUCAGCAGCAUCUGCUGAGUAUAACGAUACCCCCAUUGUAUACCUUUGGCACUAUUCUGUGAAGCUGCAAUGCCAUAUAAGAGACAAGGCUAUUUCAGUUUCUAUAGUUAUAAUUUUCAUAGAUGGAUAUGAUGGGCCUAUGUUUAAUUUUAGGGUAUUAUAGCAGUUUGACUGUUCAAAUAACCCCACAAAGGGCUUCCAUUUGAUAAAGCAGACACCCCAGGGUAUGUUAUAUGGCGUAUAUUGUGCCUUAACUUGUCACUAUUUUUUUAACCAAUUUAUGUCAAUGUUUGUGGUGAGGGGGAAAAAUUGCAUUUUUACAUACAUGUUGCAUUUUUGCUGAGUAUUUCUUAUACUUGAUAUGUGCCACUGUCAUAAAAUUCCCCAAAUUAUGCUCCGUUACAUCUUCUGAGUAAAACAAUAUUCCCAAUUCAUGACCUAGACAGUAUUUUGUGAGAAUACAGUGCUGUAAAAGAGACUUGACAAGUUCAGGUUUUUAAGUGUGAAUUUUCAUGGAGGGUUUUGAUGAGUCUGUGUCCCAUUUUGGAGCACUUUAGCAGGCUACAUAUUCCAACUACACCAUAAAGGCAUACUCUGGGAUGUCUUCUUUAAGAAAUGGUAUUUCAAAAGGCAUAUUUUGAACCUUAGCAUGGGAUCAUUUUUUCGCUAGCAUGUACCAAGUGUAGUGGUAAUAAUACAAAUAACACACAAAGUGAGUUUGCACAGUAUAUUUUGCAAAUCUUAUGUGUGCUACGGCUGUAUAAUAUUUCAUAUGUUGCUUAGCUAUGUCGUCUGUGUAACACAAUACCCCCGUAUGUACCUUUGCCAGGUAUAUGUGGAUGCUGAAGGGGCACAUUUGAGAUGCAGAUAUUCAGUUUUCUUCUAACUUUCCAUUUUGGAGUAGUUUAGCUAGUUUGUUAUUCAAACUUCCCCACAAACGCAUAUCCUUUUUUAAAAGAACAAUAGGAAUGGUGAAAGCACUAUCCAUAGUUAAAGCACUGCUCCAAACACCAUGACCACUUCAGUGAAUUGAAGUGGUCAUGAUGCCUGGAGUCUGUAUGUACUGUGUUUGUUUUGAAACAAUGCACAUACAGGAAUUAACCCUUCUGCUAUCAGAGGUGAAAUUCCACCUUUGGCAGCGUCAUAUGGGUGUCAUCGGGUUUGCCUAUUACUGGGAAACUCCUGGCAUCAUAACCACUACAGCAAGUUGGAGUAACCCUUUAAUGAUGCAUAAAAUAUAGCAUAAUUAAUGGGGCUAAAAUCGAUCAAGUGCAUUAAAGUUGGUUCUCGUGUUGGUGUCCUUUUAAGAGCAACUCCUUUUUUGUAAUGAACUAUAGAAGAUGAUGUAAUAAAACAAUUUACAAAUCAAAAAGCAAAUAGAAAAUAAUAACCACGAUAUCGCUGAAGUGCUAGUUUGCGUUAAACUUAGAUAUUCUACAGUGCUUAGGACAUGGUUGAGAUUUUCCAGUUAGUAGUGUCCUACAAUAUUCCAUAUAACCUGAAACAGUUGCACCUUAUGUUUGUUUUUCCCUGUAAUGGUGGUGUGUGUGACAAUAGAUUCCACAUAGAGUUUGAGUAAUUACAGUGCUUGCAGUGUUUUUCUCAGAGUAUCAUUAUGUGCACAAAUACUGACCAUGGAUCUUACAUACUCUGAAAUAUCUUAUCAUGCCACUGGUUAAUUAUUUCUGAUGGCAAUCACUGGGGUAGCUUGUGACCUCCAAGAAGGCAUUUAACAUGGAAGCUUAAGUACGUGUAAGAAUCAUAUCAACUUAAUUAGAUUCCAUUUAAUACACUGUUAAAUAGAAGAUGGAACGGAGCUUUUUCCACGGAGGUUUUUCCGAUACUCCGACUUAAAAACUAGCCAAAUUGUUCCUUUGUAUUCUAAAUAUCUAUUGUGCAGUGCCGAGGCUGACCGUUGAAUGAAUAUGCACGUAGUAAAUGAUAAUGCACUUAUAUUAUGCAGGGUGCUUUGCUGCUAACUCAUGUGGCUAAUUCUACAUAAAAGGUUUAUAAUUGGUUUUAUUAUUUUUUGAAGGUGGACUAGAUCAGUCAUAUCCAACUUGGAGUAGCAGAUUGUCAUUUUACUGUAUCUGUAAUAUUAUUGGCAGAUAGAUUAAAAUCCCGUUACGCUAAUCAACCUCCGAUUUGAUAUGUUGAAAUACAGUUAGAUGUACACAUCGUACGGGCCAUUCUAUUGAGAGAUUAAAUCACUAUGAGGACACUCUGGGCAACAACACAAGAGCGUUUGGUAGGUUUUUACCUCAUAUUUAUUAUGGUUUUUUUUGUUGUUUUUUUUUUAAUCACAUUCAAAUCUGUUUUAUUAUAAACCGUUUUUUAGCUUUGUGCAGCAUAACCACGUCCCGUUAGCCAGGUGUUCAGAUAUUGGAUCAACGCUGCCCUACACAGAAUGGUUUCAAACUCCAUCUUACAGAGCAAGAAUAUGAUUGUGCCUCUUUUAAAUCAAGCUGGCUAAAAAUACCUCUAGUGUUCAGAUUCACGAUAAUUACACCAUCUCUCUUUGCAUUAACAUUAACAUGGUUAUUUACUUAAGUUACAAGUGCAUUUCAAAUUUAAGGCCAAAGUAGAUGAACUGUAAAACAAUCCUGUAAAAAUUUAUCCAAGUCAACUGCUUCUUUUCAGCUAGUUCUACCUCAAAUUUGAAAUUCACUUUGAAUUCCUUGCAAAUCUCACAUGGUAAAGAACCAUGUAAAUGCCACAAAGUAGGCUAGGCUUCAUCCCAACACAUUUGAAACAAUGUUUAACAUUAGUAUAAUAAUGGCAUGCAUUAGAGAUGUUUUUUAACUCCAUGUGUAACAGUCUGAGAAGCUGAAUAUCAUCCGAUUGCCACUCUGUUAAAAGAUCAAUCACCAAGUCACCGAGACAAACUAUCAGCCCGUCAUGCUCCGGUUUCUCAGCGUGUAACAUGAUUAACAUGGACCAUAGUAUGGCGGGUAGCUAACUGAAAAGUACUAGAUAGAGAUUUAAUGUACAUUCAAAUGUUGCAACAAUAGCUUAAAGGGCUACUAUAGUGCCCUGAGGGUGCCCCCACCCUCAGGGUCCCCCUCCCGCCCCUCUGGGGAGAGGAAAGGGUUAAAACUUACCUUUUCUCCAGCGCCGGGCGGGGAGCUCUCCGCCUCCGAUCCUCCUCCUCUCCUCCCUUCCGGCUGAAUGCGCACGCGCGGCAAGAGCUUGCGCGCGCAUUCAGCCAGUCUCAUAGGAAAGCAUUUACAAUGAGAAUCACGCAAGCGCCUCUAGCAGCUGUCAAUGAGACAGCCACUAGAGGAUUUGGAGGCUGGGUUAACCCUAUUAUAAACAUAGCAGUUUCUGUUUCAUAGCAGUUUUUCUAUUAAAAAAAAAAGGGUUAAUCCUAGAGGGACCUGGCACCCAGACCACUUCAUUAAGCUGAAGUGGUCUGGGUGCCUAGAGUGGUCCUUUAACUGUUUAAAAAAUGUUGUUACUCUAAACAGGGUGUCGGAUUAAAGUGAAACAUUUUAGGUUUCUAAAUUGAAAUCAUGUUUGUGACCUGCAAGAAAUGUAUGGUGUUUUCCUUAAUAUGGUUCUCACGUAUUCCCCAAACAACCAGUGGUUCAUACAGACCAUGAAUGUAGUGUUUUCUAUUGGAGGAGAUGUGGUGCACCCAGAUAUUCCUAACAACUUCCUAAAGCUCCUGGCUGAAGGUAUGGAAUAUGUUACAGAAUAUUAGUAACAAAUACUUGUCUUAUAUGUCACAACAAUUCUGUUUGUGAGGGGCAGCUAGAAUUGUACCUUGAUCUAAGGGGAUAUGACUAAAGGGGAUAUGGGUUAUAAAAAUAUAAAUGUCUGUAAUCACACUUUUUAUGUAUGUUGUUUUUUUAUUUUUUUCGUCUGUCCUUCUAUUUGGAGCACAUCGUAUUCAAAUUUCAAAGUGAAUUUCAGAUUUUAUGCCAAAAUAUCUGAACUGGGAACAUUAAAUUGACUUUUUGGAUUCAGCUUUUGCUGACUGAAAUUUGAAAUGAACUUGGAAUUAUUGAUAAUUCACACAUAAGUGAAUAACCUUGCGUUUGGUUGAUUUACUAAACCAUCCCUUUAACUUACAAGGAAUGUCUAGGUUACAGAAUGCAUUCUCCGCUCACCCCCUAUUUUGGAGACAGUGCCACAUUAGGGAUAUUGCAUAUUUUUUUGGCAAAAGGCAAAAAUAAACUUUUUAGAAAUAAAAUGUUAAAAGGCUAAGGCUCUCCUCUUCCUCCUCCUCCUCUUCAGACUAUAAAAUCUCCCAAAGACAAAAAUGCCCAGUUGUCUGCCUGCCUUUGUCAGGCUUGGUAGGACUUACAGUGUUAUUUUCUAAGGUGAGUGUUAUUUCUGCAAACACAUUGUAAUCUAUUAUAAACACAAGUACAAAAACAAAACACCCAGAUCCCCUAAGUCAUAUGCAAAGAGCAGGGUUUUUAAAGUUGACACCAGAUGCAUACGGCCAAAUGGCGCAGGUUCGGUUGGGAGGACGGUAUUUGGAGUGGAAAUGGCUAUAGUAAAUGAAUUUCCAGUCUGCUUGGAAUUCGUUUCCUCUAUCCUUCUCUCACACAGGAGCAUGCAGGAUCCUCCACCACUCUGCAAGUUCUAAAGUAAACACACUCAUCACCUAAAUUACUGUUAACUGCUUUAUAGCUCUGAGUAGGCAGAUAAGAGACCACAAGCUUACUCCAUGCAAGUUUUAAAGUAAAGACUAAUGAAGCCGAGCUGAAUGUAAUAUAGUUUCAAAAUGGAUCUAUGUUCUCAGCAAGUGUAGAGGGAGACUAUGGGAGUCACAGCUAGGGGAGGUGUGGCUAUGGCUCCAGAAGAAGACAUUACCUGGUGCAUGAUCUCUUCCAGGGUUAGGCAACCUUUUGGCACUAGUUUGUGGUCUACAUCUCCCCUGGUUCUUUGCCAGCAUCAUGGCUGUAAGAGCAUCAUGAGAGAUAUAGUCCACAAUAUCUGGAGUGCCGAAGGUUGCCCAUUCCUAUCUAUACACUGAAACACCACUUCAUUAAGCUCAAGUCGUUUCGGUGCUUUGAUUAGCUCUUAGUCUUGUGUAGCACGUUGCAACAUCAGGCUUGAGUUUUGUCCACACUAGAAGUACCUUUACAUUAGAAGUUUUCUAGUUAUGUGAAUGGAGUCUGAACUUUUGGGCAUACUUAAUUCAGCACUGCAAGGAUUUAAGUGCAGGAGGAGUGACUUAUUAACAAAAAACAAAGCCCAUUGUGCACAGCCUUUGUUCUGUGCACACCAAUAAUUUCUAGGACCAGAAUGUACUCUAUAAGAAGUAGUAGAAAGAUGGUAUCCUAAUAAAGCAAAUGUUGUGGAGGAUUGGGAGAGAUAUUUAAUAAGAUGUUAUUCUCUUAUAACAAACCAGUUUUAAAAGUGGUUUGUUUGUUUUUUUUUGUAUUUUUUUUUUCAGUUGACAAUCCAUUAUCACUAGGCUUAUUUGAAAUAUGAUGUGCACUAAACAGAUAGCUAGUACGACUUGCAACCAUUGCAUAUUAUUAUUGUUUUCCUGUUUGUAUGCUUAGCAUGCUGGAUUUUAUACAACACAAUAGUAUAACAUUCUGACCUUAAAAGAAAGAGGUUAAAAAACAGGAAUAGCAUAAAUCAUUCAUGCAUACACAUAGGAUAUUUUAAUCUUGUUAUAUUGUCAGGGAUUUGUCAUAGGUAUUGUUUUUUUUUUAAUCUUAUACAUCUGCUCAGUAGGUUGGUAGUAGGUUAAAAUGAUUGCUCCCUAUUCCAUUGUGCUUUCUAAGGUUAGAACACAUACACUGUUAUUGAUGUAUUUAUGAAACUAAAUGAUUUUGCACAAAAAUAUAUUCUAUUUUAUUCUAUUUUAAUUUUGUUUUACCUGUUCAUAAAGAAGCCUUAUCUUAGUUUUGUUCAUCGUGUGCCCUGAAUACUUAACAAAAAAAACCCUGCCCUUUUUCAUUUUGCCAGGAUUUGACGAUGAAAAGGAAGAUGGGCAGCUGAAGCUUUACGCAGUUCAGUCUUAUCUCGCCUUGCUGGAAAAGGAGAAUGCAUAUUAUCCUCAGCGCUUCCUGCAGGUUAUCAGCUGGGUGAGAAAUAUAUUAAGCAAAAAAGCCUCUCUUUGAGCUGGAGAAUAAGUAAUGGAUCUCAGCAUUUCUGUUCCUAGUCUUUGGAGCUGGCCUUGCAGCGUUCAUGUAAAUUGAGUGUUUCACACUGACUAAGUUCUAAUUAUACAAUUCUUAACGUACUAACAGUGGAUUUAACAGUAGCACAGCUACAUCUUGUAUUACACAAAUUUCCAACUUUUAAAUCUGCUUAUGCUAAAUAUAUGAUGGCCUUUUGCGCUGAAACGUUAUUUGCGGCUUGUUUAAACAAAGUCGAUAAUACUUUCAUCUUUUUUUUGUGUGUAAUUUUCCACAUCAUUGAGGCACACAUUUCUUGUAUUCAUUAAAGAAAUUUUAACAGGGCUAGCCCUGUUUGAAGUAAAACUGAAUGUACUAGUAUAUUGGCAAAGGAUAAAUUCAAUAAUUUGUACUAUUUAAGUAAUGCAGAUCUUAUAUUUUUUUAAAGGUGUUGGGUGAAUAUGCCUACCUUGCAAUAGAUGUACCUACAGACUCUGUAAUGGCAAGACUUUACACCUUUCUGAAACAAAGCUUCGUUACAUCUGAAACCAAAGCCUGGAUUAUGGCUGCAAUAAAGAAAUUGGCUGUUCACAGCCCACAUUCUUCACUGGCUGAUAAAUUAAUCCAAGAGUACAGCACCUGUCUGGAGACAGGCAUGAGGCAGCAUGCCUGGGAAUUAAAAUCUCUCCUAUUGGACGUCGUACUCAUGCAGAGACUUUUUCCAGUCAACUCCAGCUGUGAAGAUUUAAUGGUAAAAAUAAGUCUUUUUUUUUUUUUUUUUUGCUUAGACGGUUAUUCCUAAGCCUUGUGCUGUACAGCUUUUCAUUCUGCAGAAACAAGAUUUAAAAAGGCAGACGUUAUACUCGCUUUAUUUUUUUUAAACAAAUAGAUGUUGUUAAUCCAUCAGCUGAGAAGUGUCACAUAUGGCUUCAGCUGCACUGAAAUACUGUUUAACAAAGUGCACUUCAGACAAGUUGGAAUCCAGUGCUGCAAACAGCUCUUUAAAUAAGCAUUGGAAAUGCCCAUUAAAAGAUUGUGGAAUGAUCAGGGUUAAAUUCCCUGUUUACAACAGGGAACCCCAAGUUUCAAUGGAUACCUCAGCCACCCUCCCCUUUUUGGUUGUGCUAGGUACACAUAUAUGAUGUAAAAUUAAAGCCCUCCCUGUCCUUUAAAAAAUGUAUAUAUAAUAUGUAUGGGGGCAUUUGAAGAGAAACACCUUAAUUUCGGUGAAACAAACCUAUAGCUCAAAUUUAAGGUUUUGUUUUGUUGAGAAGUUGGAAAAUUGCCUCUAUCCUGAUAUAUAAAAGGUGGGGUUGUACUGUAUUACACUAUAUAUUUCUUUGUUUUAUUUAUACACUGGCACAAGCUUACUGAAACCUUACAUGGUUAGGGAAAGUAAAUGAAAGUGCUACACUAAACUAGUUUAUUUUACUGGGUGUGGUAUAAAUUGGAGGGAAAUCCACAAGAGUUGAAGCUGUUAUUUCAAUAAUUGAAUCAGUUAGCACUGUAUGCAUAACUAUAAUACCUGCCUUUCCAGUUCGGUCAUAAACUAUUGUAGAAUCUUGUUGACUGUCUUUAUAACUUAUUUUUUUUUUUUUUUGGUGUGGAAUAAAAGGAAUAGUCUGAUAUGAUUUUCUGCCUUUCUAGGUAGAUGCUUCUCUUUCCUUCUUAGAUGAAUUUGUAGCAGAUGCUCUUGGCAAAGGAGCUGCACCCUACAUGCCUCAUCACCAGCGGCAAGAAGAAAAAUUGUCUCAGGGAAAAGGUAUGAGUAUAUUAGCUAAAAUGUUUUGUUUUUUAUAUAUAAACAGUCCAUGCCUUGAAUGCUACCUACAGCAUGACAGAUCAUUAAGCAGGAGUGAAAACACUGAAGAUUUAUGGUAUGUUGGUUGCGGAAGAAGCCACUUUAACUGAUGGUGAGACCUCCUCAUUGUCCGCCCUGAUAUUUGAGUCUGUGAAGAGCUCCAGAGGAGAAUUUGUUUGAGACGUUUAGUACUUACCCUUACACCUGGCGUAUAUAAAGUAAAUACACAGACACUAGUGGUGGCAUCCAUUUAUUCUUCAAAUGUAAUCUCUUUAAAUAAAUUUCCACAACAUGCCUUUUUAAAUUACUUAUAUUCUCACCAGUUGUAAUUAUGAUGUGCAUUGUUUUGUUUAUUUAUUUUCCCCUUUGCUGUUGUUGAUAUGCUAUUUGUUUUAUAUUCUAUGUGUUUAUACCUGGCAUCCUGCAUCAUCUGCUGCAAUUAAACCACCUGUUUUAUUUAUUUUUUUUGGCUUAUCAGUGCAGGUAGGUGCCAAAAUCUACCAGCUGGCCUAUUGAAAGGGAAGCAGUGUAAACAGGAGGGAACAUACAAUAUUUUAUUACAGGACAUUCAUGUACUGAAAUAAGCAUUAAGCAAUAAUACACAUGUGCACAGCCCAUAGCGUUCAGUAUUGAUUUGCAAAAGAUUCCCAUGCGUCCUUUCUGGAACUUUUCUAUUUUAUUUAUUUUUUUAAACUCAAAUCCAUACACUAUACUGUAUGUACACUUUAACCACCCGGCUAAUUAUAAAUGUCACUGUAUGCUAUUAGUUAUCGAGUAUUUAUAGGGAGUUAUUCUGAUUAUAAGCAAUGACUGAAAUGGGAUACUUAUUGGUUUCCAUAUAUAAAGUAAAACUCAUCACAUGGUUUAGAAAGUCAUUUUAAUCUAGAAUUGCAAAGUACAUUUUCCAUUGGCAUUGCUUUAAAAAUAUUAUGGCUGUCUUAUUUAUAAAUAAGCUUAAAUCAUAAUUAAGGACCCUGCUUUUAAGAAAAUGUGAAAGGAAAUCAAAUCCUGCUCAUUUUUUAUUCUUUUAGGGUUAUUCAAGAAACUAUUACUGUAGGGAUCCGGAAUUGGAAUAACAUUUAAGCUAAAAUGUUGUGACUAUAGCACAUUUGAAGAAUUUCUCCAAAUCGUCUACUUUUGCCUAUGUUUUAACAUUCAUAUUUUAUCUUGUUACAAUUUGGAGUCUAGUGAAUAACACUGAGUGUUUCCCAAACACCAGACAUCAGUAAACAACAAGGGUAAUUACUAUGUUUAUAUAAAUACUUUAGUGUAAUAAAUGAAUAGUCAUUUUGAUUAUUACAUCUGCUACAAAGUAAAGAUGGAUAUAUUUAAAAACAAACAAACAAAAAAAAAACAGAAGCAUCUCGAUAUGACCUUUUGUUGUAAUAAUUUGUUAUCAAUAUUUGUUAAUGCAAAGCUCCCAGCAAUUCGGAUUAGUCUGAUGCCUAGACUACAUAACACAAUAUAGAGCUGCCAUGAUUUGCAGCAUGGAGCUGAGCACUUCCAUUUUCUCACUUCUGUUUUAUGUGUCCUGUUAUCAGCGCAUAUUGAAUAUUUAUGUUAACAUAUUUUGACACCAUUUCCUGUUCAUUUUAACCCAAAUAGUUUUAAACUUGCUGUAGCACAUUUAAUGUUCAAUGUGUUUUAGUUAUUCCUUUUGUGAGAGAGACUUUGGAAACUGUACUAUUUAUUAUGUAUUGCUGUUUAGCAUUUCUCUGAUGACCCUUCAGGGAUGCUGGCAGGUUAUUGCAGGAGAAUGCAUGUGCUUAGGUCAGGGAGCUCCGUUAAAAGGGAUUGUAAAUAGAUGAGAUUGUGACUCCUCUCACCAAGCGUUUAAUGUCUAAACUGGGCCAGCUCUGAGGUAAUCCACUGUUUAUGUAAGGUCCAGCUCCACAACCUACACACGGACCAGAUGGGAAAACAGAUAUUUCAUCAUGGUAACAAUUUGUGUGUUAGAGGAUAGACUCUUAAUAAAGUGACUGUAACAUUGCUACGACCUACACAGAACCAAAAUAAAAAUGUUAUCUAUGUAGUGACCUCUACUGGGACACUGUUGGAUGGCAUGCUUUGCAAGAAAUUGCAAGUAGUGUACACUACGCUACUUUUUUUUUUUUUUGUAAGUUAACUGUAUAUAUGUUUUGUAAUCAUAGUUUUUUAUUAUUUUGAUAAAGCAAUAGGGGAGUGGGAUACAGAAACAGAAAAAAAGGGGGGGGGGGGCAAUAGAUCACAAUCACAAUUUAGGACCAAUUAACAUUCCAUGCUUAAGUGCAUCGUUGUUUAGACCACCUAUACAUAGUAUGUCUACAGUGUUUGUAGCGAGGUCUCGCGUGGAGGGAACUGGAUGACUACUUUCCCUGUUCUUAUCUAAAACAGUGUUAUAGGUCGUGUAUUUGUGGCGGGGGGGGGAGGAGGGAUAGGGAGGGGUAACCAGGGGGUAAUAAAGUUUUCCGCUGGUCUAUAACAUCCUAUAUAUAACAUCAAACAUAUGUCAACAUAUGUGGUGUCACCUAAACUGUCUGUGGGUGUGGUAUGCCCCGUAUGAAGUGAUUAGGCACCCUUCUGUCCGAGUGUGUAUGUGAUUGCCCGCGUUUAAGAUUCGAGGUGGAGAGUACUACUACUGCUAGGGUAUGUCGUGUGGUUUUCGUCGUGUUUCUUAUGUGGUGUGUAGAUAUCGGCCCAUGUUUUCCAUGCGUCUUGGAAUUUCAGUGAUUGUGUGAUGGAGGUGGUAGACAGUUGUUCAUAAAUAUAGUAUUGGUGGAGCUUGUCCAUCAGUUGUUGUUUAGUGGGGCAGGAGGUGUGUUUCCAUCCUUGCGCUAUGAGAUUUCUAGCAGCCAGGAUUGUAAGUAUCGUCACUUGUUUAAGGGGUCUGGUCAAGGAGGGAGGGAGUAGCAGGAAUAAACAUGCUAAAGGGUCCAAUGUGACAUUAGUAAUAUUGAGCAGCUCGAGAAUGUCUUUAACGUAACGUAGAAGUACAUUCCCACCAUAUGUGGAACAUUGUGCCUUUUGCACCCCUGCACCGCCAGCACCACUCAGAGACUGAGGGGUAAAUUUUGUGCAGUUUACUUGGUGUUAAGUACCACCUAUAAACCAGCUUCUUGUGUGCUUCUAGAUGCGAGUAACAGUUGGUGAUACCUUUGAGUGAUUGCAACCAGGUGUUGCCUGACGGCGAGGAGAUGUAUUCCGCGUGCCAUUGUUGUUCGUAAGUGGGGGCUUUCGUGGCAAUUGCGUCCAGCAGUAUGUUGUAGCAUAGAGAUAACGUCUUGGGCUUUGUAGGUGAGAGCCAGCAUUGGUCAUGUAACAUGUCUAGAUGGUGUAGGUUGGUGGAUGUCAUGUCUGAUUUUGUAAGUAUUUUAUAGGUGGCAAUGCUUUGAAGUUGGAGAUACUGAAAGACGGAGGCGUUAGGUAAAUCAAAUUUCCGUUGAAGAUCUGGAAAGGACAAGAGUUCAUAGUUGUGGUAUGCGUCUACUAUGUGUUUUAUGCCGUGUUUUAUCCAGGAGUUCAUUGUCAACCCUGGGGCCAGGGAGUUCAAUGCCGUUAUCGGGGCCCGCGGGUGAAACUUGUUGAUUUUGUGCUGGGUGCGGUGUACCGCGUCCCAGUGUUUAAUAGUAGUGAUCGAGGUAUUGAAAAGGUGGGGCAUGUUUGGUCUUGUAUGUGUUGGGGUCCAUAACAUCCCUACCAGGGAGCCGCCAGGCGCCCUAGCGUUUUCCAUGUCCACCCAUUGAAAAGUCCCUUUGGGAGUGUGGAGUUUUAUAGCUGCCUCUAGGAAGGAUGCUUUAUGGUAUUUGUGGAUAUCUGGGAACCCCAGUCCGCCUUUGUCCGAACGUUUUUGAAGAAGUGAUAUCGAGAGCCGUGGUUUGCGUGAUUCCCAAAUAAAGGAGGAGAGAAUGGCUUGAAUAUGCUUAUAAAACGUCGGAUUGACGUAAAUCGGCAGCAUUCUAAAUUUGUAUAGAAGUUUAGGCAGAAGCAUCAUCUUUAUUGAAUUGAUUCUUCCCAGCCAGGAGAGCUUUACUGCUUUCCAUUGUUGGGUAUGUGUUUUGCACAUUGGUAUUAGUGGUUUGAAGUUUAGUUUGAAUGCUUCUGCAGGGGAUGGGCCAAGUUUUACUCCUAGGUAUGUGAUGUCGGUAGUUCUCCAGUCGAAGGAGUGUGAUUGUUUAAGUUGUGUUAUCAGUGAACUUGGUAGAUUAAUUGGUAGAGCCUGUGUUUUGCUUUGAUUUAGCUUGUAGUAGGAAAGUUGUCCAUACUGCUGGAGCAAUUGUAUUAGUGCCGGGACAGAUUUUUCGGGGUCUUGGACCGUGAGUAAUAUAUCAUCUGCAAACAUGGAGAGGCAGAAUGUGUGGUUUCCUAUGUUAACGCCUGUGACCUUAUUAUGUUGCCUAAUGGUAGCUGCCAGGGGCUCCAGGGACAGAAUAUACAGUAAUGGUGACAAUGGACAUCCCUGCCUGGUACCGUUGGUGAUACUAAAAGGUGUGGAUAGAAAACCAGAAUUGGAUACUCUCGCCUGUGGACUAUUGUAUAGGGCCAUGAUGCCUGAGACAAGGCCAGCUGGGAAGCCAAAUUUGUGUAGAACUUGCCGCAUAUAUUCCCAGCUGACCCUGUCAAAGGCCUUUUCCGCAUCCAAGGCCAGGAUCGUCUUCCCUACUUCUUCCAUCGUAAAUGGUGAGAGUCGCAAUGUCGGAGUCUUGCAGUUUGGGAACGUUGACAGAUUGUAAGAAGUGGGUGAUGGAGUGCGGGGAGGGUGGGACUAUGUCUGCACUGUCUUUAAGAUUGUAGAGGGAGCUGUAAUAGAGUGCGAAUUCGUCCACUAUUUCUUGUGGAUUUAUCAAUUUUUUACCUUGAGGAGUUUGGAUGUGUGCAAUUUUCGUUUGCUGUGAGCGGGUUUUGAGUUGUGCGGCUAGUAAAGCCCCUGCUUUAUUACCUUUAGUAAAGAAAUUGUGUUUGUAUCUCUGUAGUAGAUGGGUAGUUUUCGCUAGUUCAUAGUGGUGAAGUUCUUUUUGCAAUGUGGCUAGUUGCUGUUGUGUGUCUUUUGACGGUUGUUGUUUGUUUUUAUGUGUUAAUUCUGUGAUGUCUUUUAUAAGUUUCGUGUAGCGCAAUUUACGUUGUUUAUGUUGAUAGCUAGCUAUUUUAAUGAGUGUGCCCCUGAUGACAGCCUUGUGUGCUUGCCAUACUGUUUCAAUGCUUGUGUCUUCUGAGGGGUUUUCAGUAAAAUGGUGUUCUAUGUCUUUCUGGAUUGCUGCUACUGUGUCUCUGUUGGUAAGUAAAGUGUCAUUAAGUCUCCAGGUGCCCUUUCCUGUGGACGGGUGUUGUUCAUGAAUAGUUAAUGAAAUGGGCGCGUGGUCUGACCACGUAAUAGGGCCUAUUGUUGCCUGUUGGAUUUUUUUCCAUGUAGUUGGCCGGUAUCAAAAACCGGUCGAUUCUCGUGUACGUGUUGUGCACUGCUGAUUGGAAGGUAUAAUCUAUGGCCGUGGGGUGGAGUAUCCUCCAGGGAUCCACAAAAUCGUGGGAGAGGAUAGUGUGGUGUUAUUUUAGAGGUUAGGGUCGUUAGUUUGUUAGCAGUUUUAGUGCGUUGUGAGUGUUUGGAGGAGGUAUCUGAGGAAGCAUCCAAUAAGCAAUUAGUAUCACCUCCCAGAAGUACAUCUCCAAAGCGGUACAAAGAGAUUAGCCCAAAGACUUUGAUCAUAUACUCAUGUUGGUUCUCAUUCGGUCCAUACAUAUUUACCAACGUGUAUGGGUUAUGGUUUAUGUAGCAUUGGAUGAUUAAAUAUCUACCGUGUUUAUCUCCUAUUUUUUUAACGAGUGUGAAGGAUACGUCUUUGCUGAUCAGAGUGGAUACCCCUCGUUUUUUUGUUUUGUAGCAUGAGUGGAAGUCUAUGGGGUAAAGAGUGGAAUUGAAUUUCGGUCUAUGCCCCCAUUUAAAGUGGGUUUCUUGGUAAAAAAACUACCAGAGCUUUGUGUUUCUUAGCUUCUGCCAGCGCUAGUCGUCUCUUAUGAGGCGUGUUAAGACCCUUGGUGUUUAACGAUAAGAUUGUGAGAGUCAUGUUGUAGGUUUAGGUGAGGUUGCUAUUCGAGACAGUUUGUCUGAUCUCGUUCUUCACUUCUAGAUCAGUCUGUAAGCCAUAUAUCUUGUCAGUACCUCUGUGUUGGGCUAUGGAUGUCUGCCAGUCAAGCAAAGAUGGUGCCUUGCAAGGCAUGUGGGUCACCAUAAUAGUGUGUACCAUAGAGGGGAGUGAGGUGGUACAAGCUAGCUUGUAUGGGCAUUGCGUGUCCCGUGGUUGGGUCGAUAUUGCGGUAGGUGACACCAAGGAAAACUUGUAAAUACAGAAAAACAGUAUAACUAUAUACAGAGAGCCGUCGAAAGCCGUACCAAAGCGUACAGACGGCGGUAAGGAGGCCAGUAGUGGCCUAAUGGGGGGAAGUCAAUGGAUUGCCCUGCAGGGGACUUAUGUGACAUCACAGGGCCCUUUGGUGGGGUCCUGGCACAUAUGCCUGUGUAUGGUUGUUAGGACGUGCAGUGUAUUGUUUAUCUAUACUGGGUCACGAAGCCCGCUGGAAUUCACUAUAGUCCCACAAUUAUACAUAAAGAGAAAGAAACAAAAUGGGCUGUAAAACAGCCUAAGGACUCUGAGAAUAGUAAAACAGGAAAGUACAUGUUAUAUGCUAUGGCAGUAUGUGAAGAGCUUAUGAUAACAUUACCAGUCCGUGGAAUUGAGGUUAGGGUGGAGCAUUAUAUCAUAGUGAGCAUGAUAUGCCAAAGUCAUUUAGCUGUGGAGGUGGUGUUCCAGUCUCUGGAGACCUGUGUCAAGGAGCGCUGGGACAGGUUUAGCGUAGUGUUGUCCAAAGGUACUCUGAAAGGGACAUUCCAUUCUUUAAGCAUUCUUUGGCCUUCUUCUAUCGAGGUGAUAUGUUUUUCUACUCCGUUGCGACGGAUUAUCAGCCGUGCUGGAAACCCCCACUUGUAGUGAAUAUCUGCGCCUCGCAGGGCUGUUGUUAUGGGUGCUAGCGUUUUCCGUUUGAGAAGCGUGGCAGCUGAAAGAUCGAUGUAGAGCUGUAUUUUAGCAAAUCUGCCCGGCAAUUCGGGGAGAAGCCUUGAGGCUCUCAUAAUCUUGUCUUUGGAACGAGAAAUAGUGAAACUUGGCUAUAGUGUCACGUGGGAGAGAUGGCGGCAGAUUUCUUGGUCGUGGGAGGCGAUGAAUCCUAUCUAGGAGGAGAUCUGAUUGAGAUAGGGCUGGGGAUAUUGCUUGGAAGAGGUCUGCAGCAUAGGAUGCCAGGUCUUGGGGAGCCACAUCUUCCGGAAUACCUCUCAUGCGGAUAUUGCUCCUCCUGUCUCUGUCUUCGUGGUCUGCCACCUUGUCAGUUAGUAGGUCAAGUCUGGCAGCCAUGUCUGCAUGAGCAUCUGCUAAUGUGUUGUGUGCUGUGAUGAUCUCGUCUGUUUUGUCUUCUAAAUGGGCGAUACGCUUGCCUAUGGCCUGGAUAUCUGCUUUAAUGUCCCUCGCCAGUUUUGUAAAUUCUACCUGCAUGGAGCUUUUGAGGUCUGCUAGCAUCCUCUGGAUUGAGGAGUCUGUUGCUGGUGCAGAGGUUAGUAGAGAGACGGAUGUACCGUCGCUCUUAUCGGAGCAGGAUGCCGGUGAAGAUGGGCCGUCGGCGCCAUCUUGGAAUUUCAUUUGCGGCGAGGUGCGGGCUGUAACUUGCAGAUCUACGGCUCUCUGCCUCGGUUUUUUCCUUGAGCGCUGUGCCAUGCUUGCCAGGCACCCAGGUAGGUUCGUUUGUGCGGCACUGUGUGCUGUGCUGUUCGCUGAGUAUGGGUCCCUUAUGCAGGAGCUCGUGGCUUACGCGUCCAUCUUGGAUCGUUGCGUGGCCACGCCCCCCAACUGUAUAUAUGUUAAUAGAAUAUUGCAGACUAUUUGUAAUAUCCAUAUAUAUGAAUUCCAGAAUGAAAUAUAAUAUGCAUAUCUGUAGUUUUUACCAUAAUCCUGUUUUGACACAUCUCUUAACUAGGCUGCAAAAAAGCUUAAGAAAUGGUCCUUAAAGCAGCACUGUCAUGCCAAAUUUACUUUUCUCCUAUUGUUUCCUCUCUCAGAAUCUGUUCUUUUCUUUAUUUCUGAUCUAGUUUUCUUUAAAACAUAAGACAAAGUAGGAUCUACUUUGUCUUAUAUAUUUUUCCCUAUGCUUUAUUUUCUCUAACCAAAGGAAGAGCUUAAGUCCGCUCCAUUUCCUGUGUCAAGGAGAAGGGUGAGUACUUUCUUUGACACAGGAAAUGGAGUCCCGACUUUGUCUUCUGUUUCUAAGAAAACUACAUCAGAAAUGGGGGGGAAAAAAUAGAAUAGAUUCUGAGAGAGAAAGAGAAGAGGAAACAUUAGGAGAAAGGUAAGUUUGGUGUGAAAAUGCCACUUUAUCACUAAUACAGUGCAGAUUGGUCCUGUUUGCUUCAUCCAUCCACUCUCACACUUUUUUAAAUUGUACUGUAUCAGGCAAGAGUUUUCAUAAUACAACAUUAAUUGGAAAAUAAAUAUAUAUAUAUAUCUCCAAAUAAUAUCAGGGGUGCACUCACAGGUCAAGAUCCAUAGGGGUCGAAACGUCAAUUGCAUUACAGAUGUAACCAAAGUGUUUUUUCAGCGCUGGAAAAAGGUAAGUUUUAACCCCUUUCCCCCUUCCAGAGCCGGGCGGGAGGGGGACGCUGAGGGUGCGGGCACCCUCAGGGCACUAUAGUGCCAGGAAAACUAGUAUGUUUUCCUGGCACUAGAGUGCCAAUAUGUAUUUGUUUUUUCAUAUAUAUAUAUAUAUAUAUAUAUAUAUAUAUAUAUAUAUAUAUAUAUAUAUAUAUAUAUAUAUAUUAAGAUUACCAAAAUGUCAUCUACAGUUUUGAUUCAUCAAAGUAACUUUUGCACAUAUACCAGCUGAAUACACGCAUGUUGUUGCUGAAGAUCCCACAAAUGUGUUGAACUUGUAGUCUACCUUGCAUUCAACGUUUUGUCCAGUUCAUCCCAAACCAGCUUAAUAGGGUUUAAGUCUGGAGACUAUGUUCACCGUUGCAUACUGUCAACAAGGGCUGAAGAUCUUAAAUUUUGAUUCAUCUGUCCAUAAAGCCAUAAAAUGCUUUUUUUUUUUUUUUGCCAUCUUGGAAGCAAUUUCUUUUCUUGCUGCCUCUUGACGUUAAAAAUGAAUCUUGCUACUUUGUGCAGUGUUAAGCUGCAUGCAAGCUGUUGACUUUGGGAAACCUUAUUCUAUUGUGGCUCUGGAUCUGGGGUUUACUUCAGUUUUAAAGUGUCUUUUGAUGAUGUGGGAAAUGUACUUGUUAAAACCUUGGAAUCCAUUGCACUAUCUCUAAGGGAAAAUCUCAGACUUUCAAAGCUCCUAAUGUUCUGUAUGUCUUCCUUUAAUUACCAUUUUCAUGCCAUUAUGAUAACACUAUAUAACUUCAUGCCGUACAGUAUUCUCUAAAUAAUGCCGAAGAGGGUGCAGUAACACAUCUGUCACAACACUGCUUUUUACAUAUAGGGUUUGUAAGUAAUCCAAGUUUGGACACCUGUAUGAAUUGUCAGAAUAAACGUUCAAGGCCUAUUUUAGUGAAUUGGUAAUGAAACUAAAUAUUGCUGACUACCCAGUCACACUGAUGUGGAUUAUAGCAAUUAUUAAUUUAAGCAAAGAAAAGCAUUGUGUUUUGCUAAGGUUUUGAGACUUGUGUAAUGCAGCUCUAAAUCUCUAAAACAAUUAUUUGUAAGCAUACAGCAAUAUUUACUUUAUAUUUUGGCAAAUGUUAGCAAAUAGCAAUGCAUAUUUCAAUUAGUUUUUAUAUAUUUUAUAUCAUGGGAUUUUCUUCUUGUUUGUCGUAGCUCUGAACAUGGAACCAUAUGGGCUGUGUUUCUCACCUAGUCUGCCCUCUACUGGUGUGGCUGAUGGCCAUUCUCCCUCUGCCAUCUCUGUUAUGUCAGGGACCUCGGGUAACAGCGCAGACACCGGACAGAGAGAGUACGUUACCUGCAAAUUCCUUAUAUUCCAAAAGAACUGGAUUUAGAAAUCUGAAACUAUCCCAUACCAUUAUCUUGUGUUAGAUAAAACAAUUAACUUACACAUGCAGAUGUUCUUGAAUGUAUUUUUUGUUUUGACACAGCUGUGAUCUUGGUUUAACAAAAUUAGAUAAUUGUCUGAUAAUGAUCUGGCACCUCUGUAAAACCAUGAAAUGAGAAAUGUUAUUAUGAAUUGUACUAUAUAUGUCAGUGUAUACCUUGUCAUCCAUACUGCAAUAUAUGAAUUUAAUUAUUACAAUUUUACACUCCGAGCUGUAACUGCUGCAACUGAUUGUAGUGGUUGGGAUGCUAUGCUAUUUAGACAGUGCUCCCUGCCCAUAGCAUUCACAGCCCACCCAAUGUUGAGCCACAGUAAUAUGACAAUUACACCUAUUCAAGCACUUUACCCAUGCAUGCACACUGCUACCCAUUCAUAUACACUGUUACAUACAUUAACUUUUGUAAACUUGCUAUUUCUUUGGAACAGUUUAUUUUAAACACACAUACAGGAUUAUUCGCUGAAAUGAGAAUACUUGGAAAUUCAAAAUGUAUUUUUUUUUUAAUUCAAAAAUAUAUAUAUUUCACUUAGAGACUUUUUCCAGUUGAACUGUUUUGGCCUUACAUUUAAAAUUCACUUUCAAUUCUCUAUAUUCUCUAUCGUUGUUAAUUCUGACAUAGUCUUGUCAUGUACACAUUAGGGAUCGAUCGAUAUUGUUUUUUUAGAGCCGAUACCGAUAAUCUGUGAACUUUCAGGCCGAUAGCCGAUAAUUUACUGAUAUUCUGUACAUUUACCAUUUUGAAAAAAUAAAAUAUUUCUAAAGGUAAAUGCACAAAAUAUGCAUGCCACAUGUGGAUGCAGUGUGUUUUAGACAGGGGAGCUGUGUGUGUUUGUGUAGUGUUUGUGUGUGUAGUGGAUGCAGUGUGUAUUUGUGUAGUGUUUAUAUAAUGAAUGCAGUGAGUGUUUGUGUAGUGUGUGUAUAUAAUUAAUGCAGUGUGCAUUUGUGUAGUGUGUAGUGAAUGCAGUGUGUGUUUCUGUAGGUAUGUAAUUUGUGUAAAAUGCAGGGACAUUUUUUAUUUUAAAUAUUUUUUUAAAUAUAAUUUUUUUUUUUUUUUUUUUUAGUCCCCUCUCCCUGCUUCUUACUUUGCCAGGGGGGGGGGAUAUGGCAUUCCCUGGUGGUCCGGUGGCAUGGACUGUGCAGUGGUGGCUCACAGGAAGCGCUUACUUACCUUCCCUUCAGCUCCCCUGUCUAAAUCUCGCGGCCUGUGUGCUGUGCGGAGCGUUGCCAUGGUAACCUGUGGCAACGCUCUGACUGCUGCGGGACUCGCAAGAGUUAGACAGGGAAGCUGAAGGGAGCUGCUGGGAAGGUAAGUAAGCGCUUGCUGGCUUGUUAUGGGCCCGGCGGUCCUGGUAUGUAUUAUCGGCAAUAUCGGUAUCUCUAUUUGCCGAUACCGAUAUUGCCGAAAAUACCGAAUAUCGGCCAGACCGAUAAUUGGUCGAUCCCUAGUACACAUUCAUCUCAAGUAUAUGUCUAGACACGCUCUCUUGUUAUAAAUGAAAUAUAUACAACUUUACAAAUAUACACGCUCCAGUUUCUUCUUUCAGUGAUAUUCCCAGCUUCCAGGAAAUAUGUUAGCGACUGCCCUGCCAUGGAAUGUCUGGCAACUCCUCAGUGUUAUAGAUUGGGUCUCUGGAGUGAUACACCGUUGGGAACCACUGGACACCUUGAUAUAAGUCACAUUCAGAAAAUGAAUUGUUUAAAAACUAACUUUAAGAAAACUGGAUCAAAUAAAAUGUUUUUUUCUUUCGUAGGGAAAAUCGCAUUAAGUUAGAUGGCGUGAAAAAGCUCUGGGGAAAGGAGGGAUACCUCUUGAAAAAGGAGAAUAAAUUGAGUAAAUUAGAACCUAUUUCAACUCGACUGGAGAGUGGAAUUUCAUUGGGCGAUGAGGAUGAAGAUGUCACAGCAAAUCCUGCUGACCAGCAAUUGGCUCCCUUGUCUGAAGAAGAGAAAGAACGGAAGCAGUUGGCAUCCUCGUUGUUUGUUGGCCUUGGUUCCAAUGCUGUCAGUUUGGUAGGUCUUAAGUGUCUUAUAACAUGUAAUGCUAUAUUAAUUAAAAUCCCCAAAUACAUUAAGAUUAAGAGCUAAUGGGCUUAGGUACAGUGAAGCUUUAGCAAAGUCUACCUGUAAUCAUGUUGUUUAAAUAAGUCUGGAAUUCAUUUCCAUAGCUGCAAUCAAACCUUUAGGUUCCUGAAUGACAUAACUUCUAAAGUAAGGCUUUGUGCGUAUUGAGGAUUUGGCAAUGUUUAUAAUAUACACUCAGAGCGCAAGAAUUAAAAUAUACAAGGUGUAAACAUGAAAUAUGUGCUAUUCCACUGAAACUGACACAUGUAGGUCUUAUGCAAUUUUGUUCUAAAGGCAUAAAGUUUCAAGUCAGUAUUAAUGGACCAAUUUUCAUCUGUAUAUAUUAUAAAAUAUUAUAAAGCCCUGCUGAAUAAGUUGGUGCUAGAUAUAUAAAUGCCAAUAAUAAUAAUUUUAACCAUGCUGUUGGGUAGCACUGAAACCCUAUAUAUGAUGAUUUUUGCAGAUUAUUUCAUUGUUUAACCCCUUAAGGACAGAGGUAAUUGUUCAUGUUCUGAACUAAAACAAAUUUGAGCUAUAAUUUAGUUCCACUUCAUGGGCCCCAUACAUAUUAUAUAUUUGCUAAAGGAGAGAAAGGGCUUUUUUUUUUAUUUGAUGCAACAUAAACAAAAAUGGAGAAAAAAUAAUAAAGCGCACUUUUUUCAUAGUUUAGGUAAUAAUGUGAGUAGAAUUAAUGCAGAUCAAUAAAAGUAAUUCAAAAUGAAUUAAUUUAUUUCUCCUGAUUUACACAGUACAUAAGUCUAGGAUUUCAGUUUAUUUUGAUAGUUUCAGGUCACAAAAUAAAAGGAGUAUAAUCUAAUUUCAAUGUGGACAUAUUUUAGAAUUUGAUAGGUUUGUCUUGUAAGCUUAAUAGCCAUCACAUAACACACAAUUGCCACACAAAAGUAUAUGUUUAUAUAAAGUAAAUAUCACAGGCUAUUUACCAAAGAGUAAUUUAACACUUACUACGUAGUCAUUUAACUGCCAAUCUCUGCUAAAUAUUAAAGUAAACUUUAUUUUUUCUGAUUUUUAACAUACACACAUAUAACAAGUUUUUUCUUUUUAAUGUGUAUUUCAUAAACCUGAUGUAUGCUACUACUGUGCAAAACCACAUAAUGUGUUCAGCUACAUCUUCUGUGUACGAUACCACCAAUUAAUGUCUUUACUGCUAUCCUUUGAAGCUACAGUAUCAUAGAAGAGACCUGACGGUUUGUUUUUUUAUUUGAGAGAUCAAUUUGAUGAGCUGUUGCUCAUUUUGGGGCAUUAUAGCAGUUUAUUGUUCAAGUGACUCCACAAAGUCCUACCAUUUGUAAAAGUAGACAUUCCAUUUAUUUAUUAAUCCACUUUUUCAUUUCAUGUGUAUACACAACAUGUUUUGUUUUUUUAAAUUUAUUUAUUCUCAUAUUUUUGUAUGUUUCACACAGAUGGAUAAAGGUGAACAAACCACACAAAAGUUUAAGAGAAAAUCAAAAAUUAGUGGGAAAAAAUUCCCAGACAAAGAAGAAUCUAUGUAUGCCGCCUUUAAUUCUUCCUCUGCUGGGGAGAAAAACAUGUCAGAAAUGCUUGUGAAUAGCAUGCACCCAGCAAGUUCUAAACUAGUAUUAGACCCCAAAGACUCUCCCCAAAAACAUGACGCAUCAGGGGCUGUUACAGAUGAUGGUAAACUUCAGUCCAUGUUUGCAAACAGUAGCCUUGAUGUCUUUCUGCCAUUAGAAAUCACUACUCCUGUUUUUGAAACCAUGCCUGCAAUAACUUCUCUGUACCCUCACUCGACAAUCGUAGAGCUUGCCGGCAGUGACUUUGUAAGACUGUGUUCAUGUAAAAUAUGGGAAGACAACAGCCUGACACUUUCCUUGUCAUUUGUGAAUAAGAAAUCUUGUGGAAUUAAAAACAUUAACUUGAAAAUGGAAGACAGUGAAAACUUUACAGUAAGUCAUUGUGUAAAGAUUAUUAUUUUUUUCUGUACAAGAGUGUUCUUUUACUCUUGUGGUCACGUAUUAAUUUGCUGUAUCUUUUAGGUUUCCCAGAAUCUUCUUUGUCACAUCUCACAUCUUGAUGCACAUGGUGUGCAUCAGUGCAAUGGUAGUAUACAGAUGAUCCAACCAUGCACUAAAGGGGCACUUACUGGCUGCAUCACCUAUGACGUUGAGCCAGAGAGGUCUCUUCAACUUGGCUUUUCUGUAGAUUUUGUGCUAAUGGAUUGUAUCAGGUAUUGUACAUUUUUUACUUUGCUGAUGGUGUUUGGAGAAUAAGCUGAUAUCUGAGCCCAAUUUCUUCCACUUAAAUAGCACUGCAAGGGGAGCAAACACAUUGCAGUGUGUGUACAACUAUGAAACUGUCUGUAAGAGUGUGUGUGUAUCUUUGUAAGAAUUUCCAAAUAUUUUUUAUUAAUUCAUAAACUACUAUUAAUCCAUAUGCUCAAGACACACUCUCACAUAAAUUUAUUUUAAGUGUGUCUAAAAAUUACUGUAUAAGUCAUAAGUGGCUUUUACAAUUAACACAAUUAUUCAUUUAAGUUUUCACAUUAAAAUAUAACACCGGUCAUAAUAGGUUGCGUCACUCCUUUUCACUUGGGACUUAAAUUCCCUAAUUUGGUCCUGCUUAAAAUUACUUAAAUGAAUUUGUGUGCACUUGCCAUUGUGCAUCAUCAGACCGUUAAAACACAGUACUUCUUUCUUAUGAGUUAGUCUGCUAAACUGUUUUUAAUGGCUGCUAUGAUCACAUGUUCAUGUGAUUUAUAACUUGAAAGUAGACCAUUAUGGUUCACAUCAUAGAUGUCUCAUAGAUGUCUAUCUCUGUACCGAAGAGCUACAGAUCUUUAAGUACAAUUUACAGAUAAACUCAAUACAGCUUUGUGGCCACAGGUUAUGAUCAGAUGGAAAUCUUCCAUGAUGACAUGACAUGACUGAGAUCUACAGAGACCUCUUUACAUUAAAUCCUGAUGAAAGUCCGUUCAUUCCUGCUGUAUAUGUAUCUAUCUUACAUUUGCCUCCCCCAUGAAAAAAGUGCCCUAUUUUUAUUUGUUAGGAUAAUAUAAACCUUGUCAACAAUUUGUGCAACUUUUAUUUAAACAAAUGUAACCUUAAGCCUGUCUAUUUAAAAAUGUGUAUCUGUAAUCAUUCAAAUGUCACUGCAAAUUAGUACAUCACAAAUUUUACCCCUGCUGCUUAAUGCUUUGAAGGUUUUAUGAUGUUUCACAAUUGCUUUAUCUUAAAUAUUUCCACAGACAAUCAGUUCUAGUACAUAUCCAAUUUGUUCUAGUUAAUUAAACUAUACUCUUGGGGAAAAGAUCUUACGUUUACAACUUAGUCAUAUUAAUUAAGUGGGGUGCAGUAGAGAAGUGCCAUGACAUGUCUGUUUGAUUGAAGGAUACCUCGGAAACUGUAUGUUCUAGUCUCUUGCAUGCAUGGGGUUGUACUAUGCUUAUGGCCUUCUGUCACUGUGAAGGAAUUACAAAAAGCACUUAGGGAUUUAUUUGCUAAAUAUAGGGUUUAUACUGUCAAGUAUUUAUUAAAGCUGCUUUGUCACUUUUGAGUAUUUUGUAAAGAUAGCAUCUUUACAAAAUAUACAUAUUUACUGUACAAAACACAAAUACGGGUUCCGCCAGAUAUGAAGUCCAAUAUAUCAUAAAAUACUUGAGAAUUUCCUUGCUGAUAAUAGUCCAGACUUUGGAUAAUUAAUGAUAUGUGCAAAAAAACAGAUAAUAAUCAGAUAUGGUGCGGGACACUCAACAAAAAUAGGAUUUAGCACUCACAUUUCAUAGAGCUGUAAACCAGCUCUGAGUAAAAUGGUAUACAGCAGUACAAUCCCCAGUGAUGGAUAUGUAGCUCUGAGUCAGUUUCUCAGCAUACAGAUGUAUAUGUAAGAAAAAAAUAAAAGCAGACAAUAGUGCUCACUGUGAUAAAUACAGUAGUAGAUUAAAAAUGACAGUCUACUCACAUUUAAUAGACCAGUAGCACUGCUCAAAUAUAUGGGUGGUAUGAACCCGACCAGGGAUGUAAUGUAUAGUAGGUUCUCCAGGGAAUGUCCCUUGUCAGGGUGUUGGUGUAAAAAAAUUUAUUCAAAGAUAUUGAUCUGCCUGGAACAAUAAAAAGUUAAAAGGGCGUUAAAAGCAUACAAGGUGUAAUAAAUGGUCAGACAAACAAAUUAGGUAAAUGCCAAAAAUGCUUUUAAUGCUAAAAACGAAUAUCUAAAACAUAACGCGUUUUGCCUAGUUGGGGCUUUUUCCUGUAGUCAUCACUAUUGAUGUCUGUGGGAAAUGCUUCUUCUCAUGCAUUGCAUGAGUAGUUCCGUGGAAAAUCCCAUGUCUCUUCCAUAGACCUCUGUGUCGGGAAUGACGCGGCUGGAGAUUGGAACUUCAGUAAAGAUGGCAGUGACCACAUAAAAGUUUGCUAGAAAGCUAGACUAAGUGGUUUAAUUUUGGCAAACAUUAAAAACCACUACUGCAGCAUCAGUGUUCUACCCUUCAUUGUAUUGUGUUAAUUUAAGACUAAAAAAUGAUGCAGAUUUUAAUUGUGUGGUAUUGUUAAUUGAAGAUUUUGCAAGCUAUAUUUGGUAAUCGAAAUGGAACAUUUUGCUUUCUUUGCCACAGACCAUUGAGGAUGUCAACAGAUGAGUUUGGCAAAAUGUGGCUGUCUUUUUCUAAUGAUGCAAAACAAAAAGUAAAACUUCGUAGUGCCGACGAGGCCUUGCUGGGAAUUCUUCAAUGUUUGCAGAAGACACUGAACCUUUAUAUUGUUGAAGUUAUAGGUAAGUUGUAUUCUGUGCUAUACACUUUAUCUGGGAUCAAUAUGCCUAUUCACAUAAAGUAUUAAAUGAGGUACUUGUUAAUUAAGGAAAUUUGCUUUUGCACUUUAAAUGUAAACUCGGGGGCGUGGCUAACUAAGCUACAGCUUAGAUGCAUUUCUGUGGAGCUUUGCACCUGACUUACAAAAAAGAUGACUUUGCCCGACCUGCAGGCUUCGUGGAGACUCUUAUCAACUAACCCACCCCAGAUGACAUUAUGGGGCGGGUUUUGCCCACCAAAAAGUUUUGCCCACCAGAGAGCCCUAAAAUGACAGAGAUUCUGCUUUCCUUCAUGAGGCCUAGGCACAGGGCCGGAUUAACAUAGGGGCUGAUGGAGCUGCAGCUCCAGGAAAAGGCCCAUUUAAAAAAAAAAAAAAAAAAUUACUUUUUUACACUACUCUUAGGUUUGCCACCUGACUGGUAUUUUAAGGCACAGCUGAUAUUUGAGGCUGCCUGGCCGUGACGGUAUUGCAGUAAUACCGCAAUACAAAUGCAAAUAUAUUUCUCAGUAUAAACGGAGGAUUACUCUGCAAUACCAGCACCGGCCAGUAUGGAGAGAGGCAGGGAUAGGACAUUACAGCAUCUCCCUGCCUUUCUCUACUCACUGAUCCAUACAGCAGCUUCCAGCCUGCAGAGACCGACUACAGCUCAGGUAAGUGAAGGAUGGGGGGGAAAGGCAGCAGGGAGACAUGGGGGACACUGAGACACUAGGGGACACAUGGGGACAGUGAGACACUGGGAAACAUGAGGACACUGAGACACUAGGGGACACUGAGACACAUGGGGAUGCUGUGAGACAUAGGGAGACACAUUGGGACACCGAGACAGUAUCUCCAUGUCUUCCAGUGCCCCCAUGUCUCUCAGCCAGUGUCCCCGUGGCUCCCAGUGUCUGUGUCCCCAUGUUUUCUCAGUGUCCCCAUGUCUCCCAGUGUCCCCAAAUGUCUGUGUCCCCAUGUCUCCCAGUGUCCACAUGUGUCCCACCCAGUGUGCCCAUUUCUCCCAGUGUCCCUAUGUCUCCCAGCCAGUGUCCCUAGUGUCUCGGUGUUCCCAUGUCUCUGUGUCCCAAUGUCUCCCAGUGUCCACAAGUGCCCCAUGUCUCCCAGUGUCUCCAAGUGUUUGUGUCCCCAUGCCUCCCAGCCAGUGUCCCUAGUUUCUGUGUCCCUAGUUUCUGUGUCCCUAGUUUCUGUGUCCCCAUGUCUCCCAGUGUCCCCUAGUCUUCCAGUGUCUGACACACUGAGACAUAGGGACACAGACACUGGGAGACUAGGGGACUGGGCGACAUGGGGACACUGACACUGUGAUACAUAGGGAUACUGAUGCCAGGCUGGCCUUCCAAUUCUUUGGACAGACAUGCCCCCCCUUUUGGGCAUGUUUGUCCCUUUUGGCAGUUCUGGUCACGUGAUUCGUGUCAGUGGCCCACCUUUUUACCCCGCCCAUUGACUUCCUGCUUCAUUGGACACUGCUGUUAGGGGGUUUGGAUUUACCUGAAAGAUGAAAGCAUAAAUUAGAGAGAGAUUAGCAUAGAGUAUGUGUUUUCUUAUAGCUGCAUCCUUUGAGUUUCCCUCCAACACCAACUCCAUCACAUACAUGACGCUUGAGAGGUAUGACUGUUAUAGUGUUUUUGGUCGAUAAAUUCUGUAAUUAGGCCUCCUAAGAUGGCGCCUCUGGCACUGAUUGAAGAAAAGGCCUCAGAGGAGUCACAGGAAGAUGUGGAGUCACUUGCCUCUCCUCAACAGAGUGAGAGAUCUCCGGAUUCUGAACCGGAGGAAGACUCUUCUCCCUCUACCAAGGGAGAUAUAAAAAAAGCUAUACUCGACCUCUGGAUAGUGUGGAAGGCAGAUCUUCAGGAAACUCGAAACUGAAAGGGGGAGAAAAACGCCACAAAGAAAUCCGAGGGAAGGCACAUCUCUGACCUCCACUAAGCUACCCAAGCCUACUGCCUUUUGCAGCUGACCCUCCACUUGGGUAUCAGGCCAAUGUAUUGCCCUCCCUUCCAACUGCUGUUGAUGCAGUUUCCAUGUGUUAACUGAGGAUCACUAUAACAUGCUGAACCUAUGAGCUUGAGGAUCUUGGUUUGUGAUAAAUAUGAUUUGAGUAACACCUAUGUUAUAAAAUUCCAAACACGUGUAGUGCUUUGCCCUUAUGUUUAUGUAAUUGAUAUUUCAUACUUUGACAAGGAUGUACAUGCUUAUGUGUACAACCUCAAAUAAAAAUCAAACUGAAAAAAAAAUGUAAACUCUAGUGGCUUGGAUUUAGGAAUUUGUUGCAGCUACAAUGUUUUAAAAGAAGGAUUUGGGUUGGGAAUUGGACUUGGGCCGUACCAAAACGCUUUGGUAACUCACUACAGUCGCACCUUUGUCUGAAAUUUUUAAUUAGUGUGCAUUUUCAGGAAAUGGGGUAAAAAAAUUCUAGUAAGUGUUUUUGAAAUUUGAAUUUCUGACCAUUCAGAUUUGGAUAAAUGACAACGUUUUGGAUUUCUAUUGAGUUUUUGCUUUUUCAAGGAGAAUUAUAAGAAUCUUAACCACUGAUUCUGAAACGUUGGGUACUUUGCACCAUUUUCUGUGGGGUUAAUUUUUUUCCUGCUGAUUACUCCCCUGGAUUUUCUCCAUAAAAUGUUUAGUGAAUUGAGCCUAGACACAAACGAACUCAAAUUUAGUGAACUUCUAUUUAACUCUUUAAACCUAGGUUAGAGGAAACUCAUGUAGAAUGUUAUAAAGAUACUGCAUGAAACCACUAUUCGUGUUUGGUCAGAUUGCAUUUUAUUGAAAUCCUUUUCCAACUGAUGCCUUUCCAUCUACUUUUGAUGUGAUUCAGGAAGCAGAUAAUUAAGAUUACCCUGUGUAUUACUUAUGACUAUCCUUGUGUUUAGUCUCAUACAAGCCGAUGCAACGUAGCCAGUCAGCUAAUUACUAUGCAUGCACACAUACAGCUUUGCCUGCUUACAUAAUUCCUCUGCAAAUGUGCUGCCGGAGUAACAAGACACUGUUUGUACUAAGCCCUGUUAAGUUUACUCGAUAGCAGAAACUUGUGUUUUAAUCUGUCUGUACUCCGAAACGGGCACAACUGCUGCUCUAAUUCCUUUUGAAAUAUAUAGCUGCAUGUAAAGAAAUGUAGCAUAGAUCUUGCAGUGUCAAUAAAACAUAUACAGCAAUUGACUGCAAUCCAAUUAUACCGUGUUUUGCAUUGGAUUGCAUAAAUAUAAUGAAAACCUCAAUUCGGUGAAUAUAUGUAUCCUGUCGUAAGCUUCUCUUCCUAUAUGAGAUUUGGCUAUUUUUUUGAGGCAUCUGAUUGGAUUGUGAUGACUUUAAAAGGGGGCAUGGUGGGAAUGUAGUCACAUAAAGAAACCUCUACUCCAUGCACUCCCUUCCAUUAAACAAAUACACUAAAUUAAGAAAAAAAUAAGAAUUACGUUAAAUUAAAAAUCUCAAAAGCUCUAGGUUGCGUUGCUAAAUACACCUACAUAGCACUCAAAUAUGUACAUUUGACGUAGUUUAAAAGAAAUACCAUGUUUGUAGAUUUUGCAGGUAGAUUUCCUGCUUUGUCAAUUGCAAAUGUUAUUUUAUGAGUUUCAGAUAAACUGUAAACAGCUAUACGGUGUAGAAAUAGCCAGAAAAAAAAAAAAAUUGCAUCAUAUUUCUUAAGAUCAAAGAACUUUUGUUUCUGAUGUGACAAAAACAGGAAUUUAUUUACCCUCAAUAAAAUAAAAUAAAAUACUAAAAGUAGAACUGUGAGAGAUGCUGUUUAGACCUUUCCGAGUAAAAAAAAAAAAAUCUACCUGUAAUAAAACCAGGCAUUACACUGCAUAUUGGCUGUUAUGUUGAAUUUUAUAACUUCUUGUAGGUUUACUAUAAUUCUUUUUUUUUUUCUUCUUUUUUUAUUUAAACCUUGUGUGCAGGUGAUGAAGGACUUGCUGCUUGCCAGCUGCUCCCCUCGUUACCUGCUCUUUUGCACUGCCAUCUCCAGGAAGGAGUGUUGACCUUGUGGUCCAGGUCUCAAAGUAUUAAUCUACCAGAAUGUUUACUCUACCAGUGUCAAAGAGAAUUAGAAUCGUUCAGGGUGCUACAGUGACGGGUGCAAUCGGUAAACCACACCAAACCAUCAAUAAAGCAGUCUCCCUGCAUUCCAAAUCAAAGUUUCAUAUUUGGUUGGAACCAAACAAGAACGUGCUCGGGAUGAAAAACGCUCCGGACAAAGAUGAAAUUUGGAUUGCAGAUUUUCAUUGAAGUACUAUUUCCUUUUUUUUUUUUUUUUAAAACAGACGAGCGGUUUUAUUUUGAUAUUUUGCUGUAAGAUAAAUGUAACUGAUUUUAUUUUUGUUAUUCUCCUAAUGGAGGGUAAUCUUUGAUGACCUGCUGCACUGAUACAUGAUUAUGCACCAGACCUCUUUAGUAUUACAAUUGCUGUGCAAAGGAACAAGUGAGCGAAUGGGAUAGACUGCAUUUUUAAAGUUGUAAUGAAACUACCAUUGAUUCAUCUGCUGUGUGGCACCUGGGAGACUCACAUUGUUCAUGGCCUGCUAUGUACAUCAUGUGAUUAAAUCUCUUGAGUUGCAGCAAUAUAAAAUAGUAAAUGAAAUACAAAAGGCUAUAUUUAACAGGGAUGACAUACUUCUUUGUCAUGUGUUUAAAUUGGCCUCACCAGAUCCUUUUUUCCAGUCUUCCCAAUGCCUUUACACUAAUGGUUAAUAUAAUAUAGUAAUUCUAUAUAAUGUUUGUGCAUCAGUAAAAGUAUAACUGGCAUUUUUUUUUUUUUGUUCUGAACAAAAUAUAUGCUCAGUAGUACACUUCUUAUAAGAAAAUGUUUACCAGGUACCUUGGAUAGACCAGCGUGUGUGUUGGCUCCAUGCUUGUUUGAGGAACUCAAGGACAGAGUUGAAUAACUCUGCUAAGGUCUUAUGCACUAACAAAAGCCCUUGUACCAGCCUUAUUUAAAUCUUCUUAUUGUGUGCAUUGCGAAGGAAUUUUAUUUCCACAGUUUUUCAGUUUUAAAAUAUAAAUUUAAAGUAACCUUGUCAUCACAAAUUAUAUGCACUAGCAUAUAUCAUUUUUAAAUGAAUUCCGUAUUUCUUUCGUGGGUGGUUGUUGUUUUUUUUGUGUGUGUGUACAUCUGAGCGUUUAGAUAAGUCUCUUUAGAAAAGCUGGGAUGUGUUUAGCAAAUUAAGGAAUUUAAUUGGCUGCUGGCAUCACAUGUUUUCUAUAGCCCCUUAUGUCAGUAACUUUUACUCAGUAAUUGAAAAUAGCCUCACUAUACUGAAACACUGAUUGAUCUUGAAGAUAUUUAUUUUAGCUAAACCUGCUUUAGCGUUAGUAGAUUAAAACCCUGUUAAUCUGUGCCUUAAAGGGUCACAAUAUGUAACCAGACCACUUAAUCUCAAUUAAGUGGUCUGGGUGCCAUGUCCACUCCAAGUUUAAUCCCUGCAAUGAAAACAUUGCCGUUCUGCAGUACGGCAAUAUUUUCAUUGCAGGGUCUGAAUACCUCUAGUGGCUGCCACUCAGACAGUCACUAGAGACGCUUCCUCAGAUAUAGACUACAACUCUAUUUCAAUUCUAUGAUCUCAGAGUGAACAUCUGAUUGGUGCAGCAUUGUGCCACACACGCCAUAGCCUCCCAAUGCUUUCUUAUGGAUUGGCUGAAAUCAUCGAUUUUGAUCUCAGUCAAGGAGGCGGGAUGGCAAUGCGGAGACCAGUGCUGUGAAGAAGAAAAGAUAAGCAAACUAUUUUUUUAUCUAUUUAUUUUUUUUAUAACCCUACUGAUGGAGUCCAAUGAUUUGAAUGGCUAAAAUGGCACUAUACCAUUGGGAAUAAGCAUUUGUAUUCCUAAAGCUAUAAUGUUUAAUUUUAUAAUUUUAUUUUUUUAUUUUAUUUUUUAUAAUGGAAAG